AUGUCGUCGCAAGAGGGGAGUAGAGCCGGCACGCCGACCAAUCCACGUGGUCAGCAAUUGAAGGACCGGGUGAGUUUUUUCGAGCAGCUGUCGACGAGCAGGUGCUCGAGCAGCGAGGAUCUCCUGGACGAGGCAGGGGAGGUCAAGAAGUCGUCUUCCAGGACGAGCGACUCGUCGUUCGAGGAGAGCUAUCAGAAGCUCGUCGAGGAGGGAGAGCUCGACGGCACGAAGGUCGUCAAGUUCGAGAAGAUCACUGUGAGGAGGAGCGUUAGGGAGGUCACGGCCUCGACGCUCAGGUGCGUGGGUGAGAUCGCGAUGAGCAGCAGCAACGGCACGUCCGUGCGAGUGUCGCACUACCAAGGCUACGGGAGCCCGAGCGAGGAGCAGGGGCUCGAGGACUCGGCCUACCAGAGCCACUACGGGGCGAGCAAGUCGAGCUCGGUCACCUCGAUCGGCAAGCUACCCUCCGAGGAGAGCCUCGGCCGAAGAUCGGCAAGCCCCAUGGACGACAGGUCGCCGUCCGAGUGGUACACCGAGUACAGAACCCAGAGCUUCCACGGCAAAGCAGUAGCUUCGCCCGCCAGGUCGGAGUACAAGCGCAGCAAGAGCCAAUUCGACGCUCACAUCGCGGAGAUCAAAGAUGAGCAGGAGCGUGUGCAGAAAAAAACAUUUGUUAACUGGAUCAACUCGUGCCUUGCAAAGCGUAUCCCACCACUUCGAGUGAACGACUUAAUCGAAGACUUAAAAGAUGGCACACGCCUACUUGCCUUACUAGAAAUAUUAUCGGGGGAAAAAUUGCCAGUAGAGAAAGGACGUAAUUUGAAAAGACCGCACUUUUUAAGCAAUGUUAAUACAGCACUUCAAUUUUUACAAAGUAAAAAAAUCAAACUAGUGAACAUAAACUCGUCCGAUUUAGUUGAUGGACGACCGCCAGUGGUCCUGGGCCUAAUAUGGACUAUUAUUUUGUACUUCCAGCUACGAUCCAAGGAUCGCAAAAGGAUCGAAGAGAACGCCCGGGUACUCGAGUACUUUGGCAACACGUGGGGAAGCCAGAGCAGUCUGGAGAGCAUUGGGACCCAGGGCUCGGGAGCGAGCGAAAGAAAACGUCAGAGCAACGAGCGAUGGAAGCAGGGGGCUCGCAAGACUCUGUUGCAAUGGGUCACCAACGUCUUACCAAAAAAUCUGGGAAUAGAAGUCCGCGACUUUGGGGAGAGUUGGCGCGACGGGCAUGCCUUCCUGGGCAUCAUCGACGCGAUCAAGGCGAACCUGAUCAGCAUGUCGGAAAUGCGUCAGGCGACAAACCGCGUCAGACUCGAGACUGCUUUCAACGUUGCGGAACACGAACUCGGUAUCGCUCGGCUGCUCGAUCCAGAGGACGUUGAUGUGCCAAAGCCAGAUGAGAAGUGCAUUAUGACCUACGUCGCUCAGUUUUUGCAUAAAUAUCCCGAACCCAAGGGCACGAUCUCGGACUCUUCAGGUAAUAUCCAGGAAGAGUACAACGCUCUGUUGCAUUGGCUUGACAAUAAGACGAGACACCUUGAUCAGCUGGACCGGGCAGAUAGUUUUUCGAGCAACCACGAGGAUUACUUUGCCUUUAAGAGUGAAAUGGAUGAGAAAUCACUAACUUAUCGCAAGUUUGAAAGCUUAGUCGAUACUCCAAGUACGAUCAGUUUAACACGCGAAUCUUGGAAGCAUUUGCAAACUUUAUGGAAAGUUUUGGAAUUACUAACAUUAAGAUGGCUGUGGUUACUCGAUUCCUUAUUACCAAACGAGCUGGGUGAAGUCGGCAGAUGGCUGGCACAUGCUGAAUCUCUUCUGUAUUCUGAUGCCGACAUACCCGAAGAAAUGACAGAAGAGACGGCGAGUCUGAUUUCUCGAAAACUAGAAGACCACAAAAAGUUUUUCCUGGAUCUUCCAAAGGUUAUUGAAAAAUUCAACUACGCGCAAGUCUCGCCGAUUGCGCAACAAGUGCCGAGUAAACAGUUGGAAAGUAUGUCAUCCAGACUGGAAAGCCUUCCAAUGCGUGCCGCUAAAAGAAAAAUUAAGUUGAAAUUCUUAGAACACAAAUGCUGUCUCGUUGCAUUUCUUAACCUCGUGGAGACGAGACUUCAGAGUUGGGGCGUGAAGUACGGUAGCGAGCGGGAGGUUCAGCAGAUUUUGGAGGAUUAUAGAAAUUUUGUGUCAAAGAAUCGAAUUUUCCAAGAAUUUCAAAAAGCAUACUUAGAAUUACAACAGGUGGUCGAAGAGUACAAAAAGGACGGUGAUAUUGAUCGAGAAGAGUAUAUUAAUGUUGAUAGAUUUAUACGUGAAACUGGAGACAAGUGGAAAAAUAUUUCGAUGGAAUUGCGCUGUGUUCAAAGUAUGCUUGAAGAAGUGACAGCUUAUUGGCGAAGGUGGUCUCUGCUGUCGGAUGAAUUUGAAGCGUGGCUUAGUAGAGCAGAACCUAUUUUAAAUAUGCCGGAAGAACAGAAGAUGGAAUUUUUCCAAGAUAUUUCUGUUUGGAAAGAUAAAUACCAACAGAUUUCCGAUACAGUUAGUUUGUUGAUUGCUACGUCUGAGGACCAAGUUGCCUUACAGUUGAAAAAUCGCUACGUUCAUUUAACGAAUAGAUGGGAAAAACUCUUCCAAGAAGCAAAGCAGUACAUGCAUGCUGGUGAUCUCCUUAGAAAUUGGAAAGAUUAUCGCGAGGGCGUUGAAAAUCUCCAAGUCUGGAUAAAAAAUGCAGAAGCUGCCCUCUCGACGUCACAGUUAACAUCCACGGAAAAAAUAAAAGCUUACGGUGAACGCCUGAAAACUCUGCACGAGGAAAUCGAAGGAAUAGAAGAGCUGUUCAAGGACGUUGGCAAAAAAUUCCAAGCCCUUAUUCAAGAUUUGUCUCGCGAAGAAGUGGAUAAAAUGAUGAACACAUUGAAGAAAGAAAAGGAAGCUUUAAUUCGCGUUCGGGCAUUGAUACCAACGCAGUUGCAUUUAUACCAUCAAAUUCUGGUUCAACAAGAGUCCUUAGAAGCUGGCCAGCGAGAGAUAUCAGCUUGGCUGGAUGAUGCAGAACGUCUCCUUAACAGUUAUAAUCUUGCUGGGGGUCGGGAGUCUGUAGUUUCUUUAUUGGAAAGGCAUAGAGCAUUCUUCUCCCGGACUUUGUACUACAAAUCUAUGCUGGAAUCUAAAAACAAAGUUUUCAGUAAUAUCGUUAAGUCAGUUGACGCUCAUAAGCAACCAGGUGAUGGCAACGUUGAACUUCGUGAUCUUAACGACAGAUUCACUCGCGUUUCUCAAGCAGCUCAAAUGUGGGAACAGAGAUUAAUGGAGGCUGUUCAAUGCUGGAUCAAGUUUUACGAGUCCGAGCGUCAGGUUUCUGAAUGGCUUUCAACUGCUGAAACACUUAUCAAUGAUCGAAACAUCGACAAUCGUCAGUCUGUUGAGUAUCACAAGAACUUCUUUGGUAAAAUUAACGAAAGAUUGAUCCAGGAUCUCGUAAGCGUGGCACAUGAGUUGAAAAAUGCAUUGCCGACAGAACAACAAGCUUCAAUUAUGGAGACGGUUGAUUCGCUUCAAAGAAGGUGGCAGGAAGUUUUAUCAUUUGCUCCAUUGCAUUUAAUGAAACUUGAAUUCAGGUUAGAUGAAGCAACUUUCUCGCAGUACUUGAAAGAAAUUGAAAUGGAAAUUAACGCGGAACAACAAGCUAUCGUAAAAAAUGAGGAUAUUGAAAGAAUUUCAAAUAGAAAUAAAGAGUACUUCAUCAAUCGCGGGACAGUAGAUCAAGUGGAACGUUCCUUGCAAACUUUGAAAGAAACAAGUACAGCGUAUUCCAAUUUUAAACCUGAAGAUUCUAGCUUAAUCGAAGCUGCACAAAUUGCCGAGCGUUGUUGGAAACAAACCAUCAAUAGAAUAGAGACUCUCAAGGAACAGUUGAAACAAGUUCCACAGCAAUGGGCUGCUUAUAAACAAAAGUUCGACGAAAUGUCCAGAUGGAUGGAUCACGUAGAUGACACUCUCAGAACAAUGUUGCAUGAAGUUAGUUCUCUUGAAGAGUUUGAGCAGGAUAAAUCAGUCUUCCAGCUUCAGAAUUUGACGCAAGUAUGUCAAGAAGCAGACAAUAAACGGGAAGAAAUGAAGUGGUUGGUACAAACUUUGGACAGUUUGACAUCAAAUCGUUCCGAUCAGGAAGCAGAAUCAGAACAACGAAAACUUGAACUGCUUAUUACCCGAUACAAAAAUUUAAUACCAACUAUAGAAAUAACAAUGACGAAAACUGACAUUUAUUCAAAAAGUUACACAUACAGAAAAGAAGUACGUGAAGUUUGCACACUGCUUCAUCAAGUUCGCGAUCAAACUGCCGAUGUGCCUUCAUUAGAAAGUCCUGAAAGUCUGAACAAAGCAUUAAAACACCAAGAAACUUGUUUAAACCAACUGGAAAAACAACGAGCUAACAUUGUUAGUAUGUUACAACGAGGCAAAGAUUUAUUGAAAGAUCAACAUGCACCAAAUUUUGUUUCUUCUGAAGUUCAGCAACUAGAAGUUAGUUGGAAUGAAACUUACGGACAAAAUAUUGAAAUUCUAAAAUCAUUGAAAAAUUCCCAAAGAUUAUGGAACACUUAUGAAGAUCAGAAAAAUGAGAUUUUCAGAUUGAUAGCACAAGCUGAAGAAGAUUUAAGGAAGUUAGAUUCAGCUGCUUAUUACAAUUCAGCCCAAGUUUCUGCCAGCUUACAAUAUCAACAAGAACUUAGUUCUUCUUUACAUAAGACUGCAACAAACAUGAUACAAAAAUUACACGAAAUAUUUUCAAACUUAGCUAAAGAAACUACUCCUGAGCGUCAAGAUGAAUUGCUUAAGGAAGUAUCUGAUGUAGAAGGAGAAGCAUAUAAGGUUUUACAAAAAUUAGUAGAGAGAAUAGAAAAUUUACAAAAACUCCAAAGUCAAUGGAACCACUUCCAGUCUCAAAUAUCAGAGCUACAAAAUUGGACUACUCAAAGUGCUCCUCAAACAAUAGCUGAUAUAAAAGCUUCUGCUGUGACUCCAGAAGAAAGAGUUUCAAAAACAGAAAUUUUGCAAACGCAAAUUUAUGAAAAAAUAACAAUAUUAAAACAAAUUGAAGAAGAAUCAAAAGUUCUGAUAAAAGAGAGUGACAAAAGACCAGAGGCACAAAAUAUCAGGACUCAAAUAAAAAAUUUACAAACAGCAGUUGAUUCUUUAAACGAAAGCAUCGUAAAUCAGCGUGAAACUGCAACGCGUAAUCUUACGACUUGGAAAGAAUAUGAAGUUGGAAUACAACGAUUAAAACCAUGGAUCGAAGAAGCUGAGAUUCGUGCAUCUUCCAUUGGCUCGAAACCAUCGACUCUACCACAAGCAACAGAGAUGCUUCAAACUGCUCGAAUUUUUGAAGAGCAAUGUGCUGAACAUCUACCGAAACUUCAUAAUUUGACGCAAAUUAGUCAACAACUUGGAGGUCGUACAAGUGCACCUGAUGAGGUUGAUACCGUUUACAGUCGUUGGAAUUCUGUACAUGAUGUAGCCAUUCAAACAAAAACUAGACUUGAAAAGCUUGUGGCGUCGUGGAAUACAUUUGAAAGUGACAUGAAAGAGUUCAAUCAAUGGUUAGAUACUUCGGAAACAGCGGUUACAACGGAACCUAAUGUUCAGACUCCAGAUGUAGGAAAAUUAGAACUGGAAUUGGCCCGCUUAAAAGACUUUAGUAAAGAAAUUUCCAACAGACAAGCUCAGCUAAUUACGCUUACUCAAGUAUCUGAUCAUAUAAGCCAUGGGUUAACGAUAGAAGGAGGAAAUAAUUUAAAAACUCGUGUUCUUGAGCUAAAAGCUCGAGUUGGCAAACUUGCAGACACAGUUCGGCAUUAUAUCAAUAAAACUUCUGAUUCCUUGUUAGCGAGAAAUGAGUUCCAAAUAAAAGUAACUGAUUUUGAGAAUUGGAUGAGUAAUUUACGUCAAAACAUAGCGGAAAUCAGUGACGUGCACGUUGACAAUGUUGACUCCAAUCUUCAAACAGUUUAUGCUUAUCUCCAAGAACAUUCAGAGAAACAACCAAAUUUCACAGCAAUAUAUGAUGAAGUAAAAUAUCUGAGUAGUCGAGGUACACCAGAAGAAGUCGCUAAUCUUGAUGAUAUUUAUGCAUCAAUUGCAGUAAAAUACAAAGCUUUGGAAGAUGACUUACUGGAUAAAAAGAAGGGUCUAGAAAAAUGGUUGGAAAUCUUAAACUGGAAUCAAGAAGCCAUAGCCCAAUUAAAUCAUUAUAAGUACGAAACGGAAUCACGUAAGCCAACGAUUGAUGAUUGUGAGAGAGUCACGAGUGAGCUUAAGAAUAUUCAAACUAAAAUCAAUAACUGGAAAGAACAAAUCCCAUACAUCGAUAGUGCCUUAGGAAUUCAAAUGCGCGAUAAGGAAGGAAAUCCUUUGACAGCCUCUAACUUAAUUAAUAACCUGGAAAUGCAAGUAGUAGAAUUGGAAAAUACGAUUUUGGCUAAACGUGAACGAUUGAAAAGUCUUAGUACUAGGUGGGAUAAUUUCAGAAAACUGCAGCAAAAUAUAACAGAAGAAAUAGUUGAAAUACAAACUUUAUUACAGGAAGUAACGUAUAAAGUAGACACGUGUGAGAAACUUGCACCAGCAGUUGAAAAAAUCUCAAAUCUGAUUGACAAGAAUGAACAGCUGCAAGUAAUUAAAGGCACCUUACACCAAGAAGGUGGUGAAUUGUUAAAAGAAGAUCAAAGAUCUUUAACAAACGUACAAGUUGUUCUUUCUUCUGUUGAUGGCAAUUGGGAAAAAGUCAAUGAACUUUUACACGAUCAAAAGAAGAAAUAUACUGAAAUGGAAGCAAGUUGGAAGCAAUUUUUGGAAGCAAAAGAAAAAUUAACAGCUUUUAUCGAUGAAUCCUUAGUUUUAUGCGAUUCUGUCAAAGAAGCUCCCAGUGAUAUGACUCAAGCAACGUUAGCCGUUGAAAAGCAUAAAAAAGCCUUAGAAACACUAAAGAAAGGAAAGCCACAUUUAGAAAAAAUGGAUUCUAAGGCACAGCAAAUCAUGAAAGAAGCUUCUUUGAUGCCUAGUUUUGGUAUUGAUGUAAUGGAAUCGAAUAUUUCGACAAUUCAUAAAAAGUACCAAGAUACUUAUUCAAAUAUAGUUGAAAAGAUUCAAUUGUACGAAACUCAAGUGAUUAUUUGGAAACAAAUAGAUGACGCGAAAUACGAUCUGACUCGUUGGUUAAGUGACACAAAUGAUUCUCUAAUAGCAGCUUGCGAACGCCUUGGAGAUGCUGAAAAUGGCCAAACUAGAUUAAUAAAGUUCAGGGAAGAACUACCAGCUUAUCAAUUGCUUCGACAAGGCAUAUCAACAAAGACUGAACAACUUUUAAAGCUCAAUCGAGGAGUAGCUAUUCCUGCUUUAGCAUCAUUAAACCAUACUUUGGACGAGCAAUUCCAGCUGGUUCAUGAUUCAGCAAAUAAGUUAGAAACAAUGACCUUCACUUUUACAGAGAAAGAAAAUAUAAUACGUCAACAGUUGAAACAGUCAAGUGAUACAAUAUCAAAAGUGCGCGAAGAAAUAAUUAAAUGCGACGACUUAACAGGUGAAAAUUCAAAGAUCAUGGAAAGGAUCAACCACUGCAAAGAAUUGAAAAAUGAGCUGGAAAGAUGCACUUCUGUUUUAUUAAAGGUUGAAAAAAAUCUCAACCAAUUAUCCCAAGAGUAUCCUUCAAUAUCUAAAUCUAGUUUGCCGAAAGAAUUACAAUCUUUGCAGUAUAGACGUGAUGCGGUUGCUAGUCACGCAGAAAAAGUAAGUGCCACGCUGCGAGCUUUUUUGAUGAAACUGUAUCACGAAAAAUUCAGCGCUCUUCAACGAAUGGUAGCCACAAACAAAGAAAAAGUGGCAUGGUGUGAGCCUGAACAGAGUAGCGAUAGAUAUAAUCUGGAAGUAAAGUUGGCCUCACUACUUGAUGUAGAAGCCGAUAUUAAUGAAUGCGAUGUAAGAAAACAAGAAACAGAUGAAUCGUUGAGAUUAUUGGAAAAAGUGGAAAGCCGCGAAACUAUACAGCGAUUGAGAGACGAAAGAGAAAGGAUUCACGUAGACUUAGAAGCUCUAAAAUUGUGUUUCGUUAAUAUCAAAAAACUGCUGGAAAAGAAUAUCGUCACUUGGCAGCGAUACGAAGUUAUGUCAGAUAGCGUGGUGUCGUGGUUAAAGAGAGCAGAAAAUAGAGUUAGGGCUGAAAGCUCAGUUCUUCUAAGUCCCCGAGAGAUCGAAAAUAAGAAAAUAGAGAUGAAUGAAUUCAAAGAGGAAUUUUCCGUAAAUAAUGUAGAACUUAAAAGAUUAAUUUCAUUCAGCAAACAAAUCAUUAAUGUCAGUCCUGAUUCUCGAGUUGAACAAUACGUUAACCACUUAGAUGCCAGAUACCAAGCGGUUGAGAAGUUUAUUCAACAAACUCUUGAGAAACUAAACGAAUUACAAUUGAAUCGGGAUGAAUUCGAAGAAAAUGCGAAGAAAUUAAAUUCUUGGAUUUUAGGUGCUGAAGAGAAAUUGAAAAUUUAUGAAGUCUCAGGACCAAAACCAAUUACCUUCUACCAAGUUAGAUUGAAAGAAUUGAAAGCUUUUGGCGCAGAUCGAGAACAAGGUCAAGCUAUCUUCAAUCAGACAGUAGAAGCUGGAGAAGCUCUUUAUUCAAAACUUAAUCCGGAUGAUAGAGAGGCUAUUAGAACGGAGCUAAGAAAUCUCCGCAGCAGAUUGGAUAACCUGACUGACAAAGCUAACAUGAUUUACAAAAAAAUGGAGAAUGAUAUGAUGCAUAGAUCUUCUUUCGAAGACAAAUAUUCUCAAGUUAAACAGUGGGUCAUUGAUGCACAAGCCAAAUUAGGGAAUAAACAUAAUUUACUGCCAACGCUACAAGAAAAAAAACUAGCUCUUCAUUCGUAUAAAACUAUUGCUCAAGAUGUUAAUGCUCACAAAUCCGUUCUGCAACAGCUACAAGAGCGAAUGGGUUCGAUGCCCGAUGAUGAGUCAAACGCAAUGUUGAAUUCUGUACUCGAGUCGUACGGAAAACUGUCUGAGGACGUUGAAGAUAGGAUCAAUGUAGCUGAAAAACACGUUGCAAACCAUGAAGCAUACCAACAAACAUUCGAGAAAUCAAAAGAUUGGAUAAAUUUGAUUGUAAACGAAACUUCUGCUCUACUAGAUGAUUUAGCAAUAGAGCGUGAAACAGCAAAGUCUAGUGUAUUAUUAAUAGAGAACGUGUUACAACAAAAGGAAGAAGGUGACAAAAUAUUAGAAGAUUGCAAUCAGCAAUUAAAUAUAGUUUUGGAACAAACAUCCAUUCCAGGUCAUCAAGCUCUAAUUAAAUCUUUUGAGGAACAAAAGAAGAUUUGGCAAGAUUUCUUAGCUAGGUGCGUUGUCUUUAGGGAAAAACUGAACCGUUUCUUUGAUGAGUGGUCCGGAUUCCAGAAAGUAGUAGAAGAUCUUGAAGAAUGGACAAAGCAAAUAGAAUUUCAACUCAAAGAUCAGAGCUUAAAGAGUACGGAAGAAGCUAAAGUUGCACAUCUUCAGAAGCUUAAAUCGCUCGAAAAUGUAAUUGCGGCAAAAGCUCCGGAAUUUAGUUCAGCUGUUGAGAAGAGUCAAAAUAUAGAGGCAGAAUCUGAACUAGUCACUAGAGUAUCCAAGCAAACUACAAAAUAUCAAGCUUUGCGCAAUCAAGCUCGAGAGUUUGUUACUCGAUAUGAACAAUACGUAAAAGAGCACAGCACAUUUAACCAACGUUAUCAUCACUUUGUGCACUGGAUUGAAGAAAUGCAAACUGAGUUGAAGAAGCAUAGUGAAAUCGUUGGUGAUCUUUCGGUACUGCAACAAAGACAAAAAGUCAUUCGGGAUCUUGGAGACACACGAACAAAAGAAAAUCCAAAGUUUGAGUCAGUCAUCGACCUGGGAGAAAAACUUUACGCUCAUACUUCUCCAGAUGGCCGUGAAAGUGUUCGCCAACAACUGAGAAAUCUAAGAACUCUGUGGGAUAGUUUCUCUGAUGAUCUCCAAGUAACCUCUCAGAAACUCGAUCAGUGCUUGAUGCAAUUUGCUGAAUUUUCUCUUUCUCAAGAACAACUAACAACUUGGCUACGUGACGUAGAACGAGCAAUGCAUCAACAUACAGAAUUAAAAUCAACAUUGGAAGAAAAACGAGCACAAUUACAGAACCAUAAGAUCAUGCAUCAAGAAAUAAUGUCCCAUCAGUCUUUGGUUGAGGCCGUUUGCGAAAAAGCACAACAAUUGGUUGAUCAAACGAAAGAUACUUCAUUAAACAUUUAUUUGCAGUCUAUAAAGCAACUGUUUCACAACAUCGUUGCCAAGUCACGAGAUCUUUUGGAUAAUCUUGAAGAUUGUGCUGAUAAACAUAGCAAAUUUAACGCCCAAUGUAAAACAUUUUCUGACUGGCUACAAGGUGAAAAGGAAAAAUUGUUGGAAUGUAACGAUUUUACUGGCGAACGAUCUGAUGUAACCAGACGACUAGCAACAAUAUCGGUUCUUAAAGAUGGUCGUAACCAUGGCUUUGAAUUAAUUAGAAAACUAAAAGAUUUUGCUGGUCAAGUUGUAAAGAGCACUGCGCCAAAAGGUCAAGAAAUAGUACAAACUGAAAUCAUUAAUCUUGAAUCUAGUUUGAUCCAACACUUGAAAGAUAUUGACACGCUCGAGGAUAAACAAAAUGCGAUACUUAAAAAAUGGGAAGAGUUCGAAGAGCCGUUAGAAUCUUUUAUGAAGUGGUUCCGUUCUAUGGAGUCUGCAUUUAGGGACCAACAAUUGCAGCCAACGCUAAAAGAUAAGCAACAGCGUCUCGUUACACUUAAAGAGAAACGUGACGCUAUAAUAAAAAAAGAAAACGAGAUUGACCAGUUUAUUGAUAAAUCUCAUGGACUUUUGAAUUCCAGUGGCGUUGAACGAAUAAAACCACUAAUAUCUCAAAUAAGUAACAGGUACACAUCACUCUUAAAUCUGAGUAGAGAUGUUAUUAAUCGUUGCGAAGAGAUCGUAGACCAGCAUAAAUCAUACGAAGAAAAACUAUCUAGUGCUGAUGCUUGGUUAACUCCACUAGAACAACACCUCAACGCCUUAAAGACUGAAGAAGGAAGAGGUAGUUUGGAAGCCAAAAACUCUCGGCUACAACUGCUUCUGAGUGAACGAGAGCAGGCAGAACAUCGUUUAGGAGUUCUUAAUGUUGCUGGUGAAAGAAUAUUACCAGACACAUCGUCACAAGGUCGUGAAGUUAUCAGACAACAAAUUAGGCGUAUAAGAGAAAGAUGGGAUAGUCUCGCGGAAGGCAUUAUCGAGCAGCAGAAGAAACAAGGUCUUCAGUCCAUGCAAUGGUCAAGUUACCAAGAAACUUUACAGCAAAUUCUUGCAUGGCUCGAUAAUAUGGAACGUACGGUCAAACAAGAAGCAUCGAGUGUUCCAUCUUUACUUCAAGAGAUUCGGUCGAAAUUACUCAAGUGCAAGACAUUGCACCAAGAAAUCGUAGCCCAUAAACGAACUAUUGAAGCUGUUUCUGAAAAAGCAAACGCAUUGAUUCAAGUAUCCCAAGCACCAUCGGAUAUUCAAGAUAAAGUCAAAUCAGUCAACCAACGUUACGAAAAGUUGGUGGAAAUUUCUCUGAAAGGUUUGACUAAUCUGGAAUCCUUAUCAGAAGUAUUUCAACAAUUUCACGAUCAGCAAAAGGCAUUUAAGGAAUAUCAAAAAGAACAGUGGGAUCAACUGGCUGGAUACAACGACUAUACUGGAAAUAAAUCUGCUUUACAAGCUCGGUUGGAGAAACUUGUUAAGAUUCAAGAUAGUUUAGGUGAAGGUGACGUAAGAUUCAAUUCUUUGGAGAAACAAUUGAAUAAAAUUACAGGAGUAGUUUCUCCCAGAUCGAGAGAAACCAUGGAAAGAGAUCUUAACAACCUUAGGUUUGAGAACAAAAAGUUUGCUACUGCGGUAAAUGAAGCAGUUCGAUCUAUUGAAGAAAGAAUUCAGCAAUGGAGUGAUUAUGAAAAUUCGCUAGAAAGACUACUCAUAUGGUUGGCAGAUGCAGAAGCUUCCCUGAAAAAUUAUUCUCUUAAAAAUACAGUAGAAGAAAAACAAGAGCAACUGGAAAAAUAUCAGGACCUUCAAAAAGUUAUGGAAUCCGGGAGCGCAGACUUAGCGGAAUGGGUGGCUCUUAGUGACCACCUGGAGCAAGCGUUGCUUGUUAAUCUCCGUCAAAAUGAAGCAGAAUUCGACAAGAUGAAUGAUGAUUCUUCUGACUUGAUUCAAAUAAGUGGGGAAUCAAGAUUUACCGUUAGUGUUCAGCAAGUAACUUCUCGAUUCCAAUCUAUACAAGCCACAGCCAAGGAACUAGUGAAAAAAUGUGACCAAGCAUUGGCAGAUCACAUAGCUUACUUUGAUAAGUACAAACAGUGUUCAGAGCGUUUAGCAGCUGCCCAACAGUUGUAUCAAAUGAUCCGGGACAAUAUUUUCGGUACUCGUCAGGAACUUCAGUCGCAUAUAGAAACGAUUCGCGAUCUACUAUCCCGACAACCUGCCUUGGCUCUUUCAGUUAACAGUACUGUUGAGUCAGGAGAGCGUCUUUACGCCAAUACUGGUAGCGAAGGCCGAGAGAUCAUUCGCCAGCAGUUAUCAGAUCUCCAACAAGCGCUAGAAACCUUGUACGAUGGCGUGACGUUCACCGAACGGGAAAUACAAACGAAAAUCUCGAGCUGGUCAGGUUUUGACGAAUGUAGCGAGGCUUUUGAAACUUGGCUGAAAAUUGCUGAAGCUCACCUCAAAUCAGAAAUCGAAUUGAAGACUACGCUUGACGAGAAACGAGCUCAGCUGCAAAUUUAUCGAACCUUCUUGCACGAUGCUCAGACCCAUCAGCAGGAUCUUUUUGAUUUAAGAGAUAAAGCCGACAGUCUUCCAGAACGUCCAGAGAAGGUGGAAAAAAUAUUAGCUGAUUUAACCAACAGACACGCAACUGUUCUUCAACGUGCUUCGAAAUUCGUUGAAAGAUAUGAGGGUAUUGUCAGUGACCAUCAACAGUACAGUAAAGCAGUACUCGAUACGCACGAAUGGAUAGAUGCAACUUUAAAUGCUGUGAACAUGUGGGGUGAUAACGAUCUUGAGCGAGUGUCCUUGCACACUAACCUUGAUCGACUGCAAAAUCUUCUACGCAGUCUUCCCGAUGAUGAGCCAAGGAUCCAACAAAUUCGUCGUCUAGGAGAAAAAGUCAUACCUGGUACAUUGGAAUCAGGACAAGUCAAUAUUCGAUCCCAAAUUGAUUCAUCUCAACAGGAAUGGGAGAGUUUAGUCUCAACGGUGAAGUCUACCAUAGACACACUUGAAACUAAGUUGCAGCACUGGAAUGAAUACGAAUCUUCGAAGGAACACUGUCUAGCUUGGAUUCGAGAUACUGAUACAAAAUUACACGCAGUUGAUUUAAAAUCCACAUUAGAGGAGAAAAAGGAUCAACUGGAAAAACUGCGAAGUCUUCAAGGUGAAAUUAGAGCUAAGGAAUUGGAGAUCGAUGCUGUGACUGAACGUGCUCAUCAGUUGUACAAACAAACUACAUCCCGUGGCUCGCAGGUUUCUGAACUAAGUGUCAAGUAUCAGCAAAUAUCCACCAAAGUUAAAGAUUUAAAUAAUCGCUGGCAGCAAUACGUUACUAGCCACCAAGAAUUCGACAAUCAACUAUCGGAAUGUACUCGCUGGCUUGACGAAAUACGUAAUAAAUUGGCGUAUUGUUCGGAUGUUAGUACAUCGUCCCAGGCGGAUCUUGAGAAAAAAAUGGAAAUCAUACAAGACCUACUAUUAUACAAGGAGAACGGAUUUGCUAAGAUUCAAGGAAUCGUAGAACUUGCUCAAGGAGUGUUGGCUAAUACAGCGACGGCCGGUCAUCAGGCAAUCAACGAUGCUGUGGCAAAACUUCAAGAACAAUGGAGUUCACUUGCUUCCAAGAUGUUGGAAACCAAAACCAAUUUGGAUGAUUCGAUCAACAAGUGGGCUGGUUUACUCGAACAAAUUCAACUCAUCAAUAAAACUGUAGAUUACAUGCAAGCGUCUGUUGACGAGUUAUCACAAUUCCAAGCUACGAUCAGUGAAAAACGUUCUCAGCUCGAAAGAAUCAAGACAUUAGAAGAAAAAGUAAGAUGCGAAAACAUUGAAGUCGAUGCAUUAAAGGCUAAAGUUGGAGAAAUGAUAGCAAGUGGUAAACACGGUUCUGCUGCUUCUCAAGCACUGGAAACUUUGAACAAAUUUGACACAUUGUUUCAACGAAUCCGGUCAUUGUUGUUGGAGCGAGAAGAUCAGUUUAAGGAUCACCGUCACUAUAAAGAGGCUCACGAUGACUUGAUUAAUUGGUUGGGUCGAGCUAGCGAAAAAUUACCAUCCAUGAAGCAACGUUCUCUCAGUGACAAAAUUGCCAUUGAGAACGCAGUCGCACCUCUCGAGAGUCUCUUGAACAAGAAAGCUCAAGGUGAGCUCAUGGUUGAGCAACUACAACACACUGGUCAAGUUGUUUGUGCUAGCACGAGUCUACAAGGUCAAGAAGUUAUUCGUAACGAGAUACGUGCCUUAACCGAAAGUUUCGAAAGUCUUUUCCAAGAUAUACAGAAUCAAAAGGAUCAGCUUGAAGCGACAGUCAGUCAGUGGCGUGAUUACAAAGACGAAUAUGAAAGAUUGAGUGACUGGCUGCAGCAGUUUGAUAUUCUUGUAAAAGCACAAAAAAAUUCCCUACUGCCGAGUGUUCUGGAAAAAGAGAAACAAGUCUCGGAAGUGAAAGAGAUACUUGGAGAUCUGGAAAAAGGACAAGAGCAGAUGGAUAAAUUCAACAAGUCGGCUUCAGCGUUAUUAUCAACACCUCUUGAUUCGUAUGUGAAUAACCAACUGCGUCAUUUGAACUCGCGGUAUCAAGUACAAGUUAAUUUAGCCAAAGAUGUGCUACAAAAGGUUAAAAUAAAUCUUGCGCAACACAAAGAGUACGAAGAGAAUUUGGGCAAAACAAAAGAUUGGAUAGAUAAUGCUAAGCAGAUCAUAAGACAAGGUUCAGAGGCAGCUUCGACCAGUACUCGUGAAGAACUUCAAGACAGAUUGGAUAAAAUUCAGGAACUUUUGAGAAAACGUGAGGAAGGACAAAAUCUAGUGCAUCUGACUGUCAACUGUGGAGAGAAAGUCAUGCGGAAUACGAGAUCUGAUGGUCGCGAAGAAAUUGCUGCCCAGUUAAAGGAAAUCCAAAAUGACUGGGAACGACUAGUAAAAAAAAUGUCCACAACCAAAGUUCAUUUAGAAACAAGUUUGCUUCAAUGGGCAGAUUACAGUUCAUCUUACUCGCAACUUCAACAAUGGAUUAACGAUAGAGAAGCAAAACUCCAACAAGUUUGUGAGCAAAAAGUUUCAAAGGCGAAAAAAGGCCUCGCUGGACUUAAUUCCUUAGCUAUCGGCGAACGCAAGGCAAAUUUACGACAAACUAACAGCAUCGUUCAAGACAUCGUUGCAUUCGAGCCAAUGAUUCAAUCUGUAACAACUAAAGCUGAAGAUCUCCAACAAGCAACUCCUGCAACUGAGAUUUCCAUCAAGUAUGAAACAUUGAGCAAACAAGCACAGGAACUUUAUGCGAAACAAAAACAAACCGUUGAGCAGCAUCAAGCUUUCAUAGAUAGAGGAAACGAAUUCGCUCAAUGGAUCCGAGUAGCCAAAGAAAGGCUUGGAAAAUGCUCUGAACCGACAGGGGACAAAGAAUCUUUGGCAAGCAAAAUCGCGCAACUGAAAGUUCUUCACAGCGAUAUCCCCGAGGGACAAAAGAAAUUGGAAAAAGCUCUUGAACAAGGAAACUUGGCUUGUCAGAUAGCUGAUGACGAAGAUAAGGAAAUCAUCGAAGAAGAGGUUGCUCUCCUGCAAGAAGAAUUUGACAUUUACGUGGAUUCACUCAACCACACGAAGAAUCUUCUCGAAGUGGGAAUUGUCAAAUGGACGGAAUACGAAGAUCAAUAUUCCGAAGCUGCUGAAUGGUUGACCCAGACUGAAAAACUCGUUCAAAGUUUCAAUAAAUUACAAGAUAACUUGGAAGAAAAGAAAAACGUCCUAGAACGAUUCCAAGGUCAUCUUCAGACAUUAUUUGAUUGGCAAGAGGGACUUGAUAGACUGAAUAUGAAAGCUCAAAUGCUUUUGGAAACUUGCGCCGACACGCGCAUUUCGAAUGCAGUAACUCAAUUGACCACGAAAUACAAUGCGCUUCUUUCCCUUGCCAAGGAAAUAAUGCGAAGAUUGGAAUUGCAUUAUCAGGAACAUCAACAACAUAAUGCACUGUACCAAGAAUGUCAAGACUGGCUUGAUAAAACUCGUGAAAAGCUAAACGAAUGCAAAGAAGUGCCAAAUACACUUUCUGAAGUUAAUACAAAACUUUAUACUUGCAAGGUAAUUCGUCAAAAUUUGGAACAAGGCCAGAACAAAUUACGUUACGUUCUUGAAUUGAAAGAAAAAGUUAUCAUGAACACCGAACAAAAUGGUGCGGCCAAAAUAAAAGAAGAUACGGUAAAUCUAAAAGCAGAUUUUGACAAGUUAUUGGCAGAUGUUGAAGAGACCAAACAAAAACUAACUGCUCGAGCGAGCGUCUUGGAAGACUUCAAUAAAGUUUACAGAUUGAUCGCCGACUGGCUUGAAGAAGUAGAGAGCAAUAUACAUUUCGAAGAGGUUUAUCGAAAUGAUUUAAGCGAAAAACGCGUACUUUUGGAAAAAUACAAAACUGUUCAAAGAGAUUUGCAAGGCCACAGUGAGUUAGUCGAGAAGUUUAAAAUUCGUUUAGUCGAAGAUGCAAGUGUUUCUAAAGGUCCUUACAGCGAAACAAUUAUCAAGUACGAAGAACUAAAAAAACUCGUUGCUCAAAAAAUUCAAAAUCUUGAAUCACAAGUUAAAGAUCACGAGACAUAUCAACAAGCAUUUAAUGAAGCUUCUGAUUGGGUACGCCGUGCAAAAGUUGAUCUUCAACAAUACAACAUUACUCACGGAGAAAAAGAAAAAGUUGUUGAAAGAGAAGGCAAAAUCAAACAAAUGAUAUCCGCAUUACCAAAAGGACAAGCUUUAAUCUCCAAGGUGAUUGAAACCAGUGAAAUUGUUCUCGCUACCACUGGACCAGAAGGACAAGAUACAAUUAAUCAGGAUGUUGAGCAGUUGCAAGCUGAUUGGAAUCACCUGCAGUUGCAGUGUGACGAGGCAGAAAAAAUACUUUCCGAUUGUAUUUUGACUUGGUCGCAAUUUACAACUGCUUUGGAGAGCAUGCAAAAAUGGAUCAAUCAAUUCCAAGAUAAAUUAGCCAAGGAACAGGCUAAAGAGAAUAAUACACCCGAAGAUAUGACCCGGUGUCAGAAUUUGGUUGAUGAAGCUAUUCGACAAAAACCUAUUUUAGAAGACCUGAAUGAUAAGUGCGAGAUUCUUAUGGAACUGAGUGCAUGCAACUGGGCGAGAGAAAAAACAGUGCAACUUCAGUCAGCUUACACUGGACUCCUAACAGAUGCUCAAGGUCUAGUUUCUAAGGUAGAAAAGAAUCUUGCUGACCAUACGGAAUUCUUAAAUGCAAAAUCAGAGUUUGAAGAUUGGCUUCAAAGAGCACAAGGUACAAUCCAAGAUUGCGUUGGUGUUGGUGACGUUGCUUGGGCUACGGACAAACUUGAUACUACAAAGCUUGUUUCAACUCGUCUUACCGAAGGUCAACAUUUACUAUCUAACUUGCAAGCGGCUUUCGCAAAAGCUAUCAACACCGCGCUUCCAGAACAACAAGACCAACUGAGAAAUGACAUGUCUGAAUUGAGGUCUAAAUGGGAGCAACUAAGUAUGGAUUUGAACAAUGUCCAAGCUCAAGUAAAGUCAGUGCUCAACAAAUGGGAAGACUUUUUCGAAAGGAAAGAGCGUUUUGACAAAUGGCUUAAUGACACUGAGGAACAAAUAAAAUUACUACCAGACACAAAGGGCGAGUUAAGCGAAAUGAAAACACUUCUUGAAAAGUACAAGCACAUUAGUGUCGAAAUCAUAGACAGAAAGUCCGAGUUACAUCAUUUACUAAAAGAAGGAGAAGAGUUAUCCAAUUGGGCAAACAACGAUACAACUCUUGGUGAAGUAAAGGUCUUACAGGGCCGAUGGGAAGUUUUGGGGCAGCAAGUUAAUGAACAAAAGGACAUUAUUGAAAACGAAAUAAGAGAGUACAAUGUAUACCACACAGCUUUGCAAGAAAUCGAAAAAUGGCUACUUCAAGUUUCUUUCCAACUGAUGGCUCAUAAUUCCUUAUACAUUAUAAGUAAAGAACAGACGUUGGAACAAAUAAAACAACAUAAAGUUUUACUCGACGAGAUUAAAGGUUAUGAGUUAGUAUUGGAUGAUUUGAAAGCUAAAGGUCAAGGACAGAUUGAUAGAUAUGAAGCAUCCAAUCCUUCGGUUAAAGUAACAAUCCUUGAUCAACUUCAAAAUGUCCGAGACAGCUACAACUCGUUACUAAAUACUGCUCAACAAAUACAAAACCGUUUGAACGAAUCAUUGAUGAAAUUCCAAGAAUAUGAAAACACACUUGAUAGUAUAAUGACAAAUUUGGGUUUGUACGAGCCAGAAGUGGCGAAGGAACAACAAGCGCCCUUAGACACUUUAGAAUCUGCCGAGGAAAGUCUUAUUUCAGCCAAGAUAUUGUACAAUAAACUACAAGCUGAAAAAGCUCGACUAGUCGUAGCUGUUGAAGCUUGCGAAGCAGCGGCUUCUAGUGUUUCGAGACCUGGGAGUCCAUUGGACGCUCCUACGAUUCAAGUACCAUCUAAGGAAGUAGAUGUUCGCAAUCGCUUGGAAGAUAUGAUUGAUCAGAGUGAAACUGAUACAUCAGCACAGCGACUAAAUUCACUAAUGCAUAGUGUCAAAGAAAAUGGUAGUCUUCAAAAACUCAUCAGUUUGUGUGAAAAGAUGCAAUCUCAUAUUUCAAACGUUACCAAAGCAGUGAACGAACUAGAAGAACAAACACGUCAAAAGAAUGCUCUGAUGGCAUGGAUAAAUCAGCAACGGGCUUUGUGUGCCGAAUGGAAAUCGCGACCUGCAAAGUUGCGUGCUGAGGCAGCUCAGUCCGAACUUCAAGCUAUGAACGAUUUGUUGACAAACGUUGGCGAGCGUCGAAGUCGUGCCGAGGCUGAGCUCUUGAUCCGUCCGAACGGCCAAGAUGCUGAUAUCGAGGAAGGAUUGGACAAACUCGAGGCCGAACUCAUCGAUGCUAUAGCUGGAAAACAAGCCACCCAAGAUCUGAUUCAAAAAUACCGUAAUGAGGUCCAAAACAUUCAGUUUUGGUUCGAUGGAAUAUCAAAGAAGGCCGAUGUUAUAGAAAAAGGUAACGGUUUGACGAUUGGACAGAAAAUUGCAUCUUUGAAGGAGAUUACUUUUGAGUUUGAGACCCAAGGCCCAGAGAGAUUGGAAGAAAUGAAGAAGCUUGCAGAUCAGGUGAUGGACUCGGUCAGUAACUUAGAUUCGCAACAAAUCGAAGAGCAAAUAAAAUCAACUGAGCGCAGAUACGGUGACAUAAGCAAGAAACUACAAAGGAAGGGUCAAGUCCUUGAUACAACUGCUCAGGGUAUUGAAGCAACGCACAAAGAAAUCGAAGAAAACCGUGAAUGGAUCAGUGAAAAGAAACGCAUUGCCCAAUCUUCGGAGCCUCUAGGAUUUGAAAGUCGCCAAGCAGACGAGAGAUUGAUGGCUUUGAAGAGUUUGCUCAAAGAAGCCGAGGCUAAGCAAUUAUUAACGGAUUCACUGGAAAAACGGGUUUGUAACAUGCAAAACGAGCUGGAGUCGAGUGAACAACAACAACUCGAAACGGAAACCAAAGCCUUACGAGGUGAACAAGCUGAAUUAUGUUCAAUUCUCAGGGAAGAAAUAUCUGCUGCUACAGCAGCUGUGGAGGUAAGACGUAAGUUGGAAAAUGAUCUGGACAAGGCUAGAUUGUGGAUAAAAGCGACGAGCAACGAUCUUAAAAAGCUUAGUGGAUAUUUGCCAUUGAAAGCAUCGAAAGUUGAAGAAGAUAUCAAACAGCAUACUGGCUUGGCAAACGAAAUAAGACGCUUCAGUGAGAUUAAUUUGAAAGAUCUGAUGAAACAAGGUAACUCUUUGUUAAAAGAUUGUGAUGAAGAAGAUCACAAGAGACUUCAAGAUCUCUUGGAUAAGGUCAGCGAGGAAUAUCAUGAACUACAAAAGGAAGCUCAAGAAAAACAAGCAGCCUUGGCUGACCUCUUGCAGGGAAGAAAAGCAUUCGAAAGUGAGAUUGAUAAAUGUCAAAGAUGGAUAAAGGAAGCUGAGGUUGCCACAUCUUCUGAUCUUCGAACUUCUAGCAUUGAUGUUCUGCGAGAACAAUUGGCAAAGUACGACCGACUAAAAAAAGAAGCCAAAGAUUAUGCAGAUGAUAUCGAAAAGCUGAUGCAACAAGGCAAAUCGAUCCUGCCUACGAUCAGUGACGCAGAUAAGCUGGAACUCGGUGAAUUCCUGAAGAACAUGAAAGAUGCUCAUGGUCGUAUUGCUGGAGUCAUCAAUGACAGAGCAACUGCCCUGCAGAAGAGCAUCGAUGAAGCGGAAGAGGUAGCAGCGCGUGUUGCCGAAGCCGUGCAGUUCAUGUCACAUAUUCAAGAACAACUGCAAGAGCUGAACAAACCCAUUGGUUCUCGCAUGGAGGAUGUCGAAGGGAUGUUGGCAACUUAUGAGAAAAUUUUGGAUGACCUCAAGGGAAGCAAAAUAAAGCUUUCAGACCUUCAAGCGGUAAACGUUGGAGAUCUUCAUGGGAUAGUAUCUCAGCAAGACGACCUUAUCAAUGCACUCGAAGCUCAGAUAGCCAAGCUGCGCCAGUUGCUGUUACUCCGUCAGCAGUUUAUUGCUUUGGUCACUGAAAUCAUGACCUUCAUUGCAAAAUACACGGAAAUUGUACGUGACAUCGAGCAAAGUGGUCAAACCAUCGAGGAAAAAAUAAAAAAAUACGACGAUGUCGUACUGAAGAUCCGAGAAUGCGAAGCCAUGUUGGCUAGUGCUACGGACAAGGGGCAACAAAUAGCAGCUGAAGGUUCAGCUGCUGAUAAGAACAAUAUCACGGAACAAUUGCAGUCCUUGAAACAUCAGUUGCAAACCCUGAGACGAGCCGUGGAGCAUCAGCGGGAACAACACGAGUUGGCUGCAGCUGAACACAGAAGAUUGGCCAACGAGCUCGCGGACAUUCUUGACUUCCUCGAAAGCAAGGAGAAAGAAGUGAAAAGCCGACCUUUGCUGGACAGACACGUGGACAGUGUUAACAGCGAGCUGGAAAAGCACAAAGACUUGUGUGAUUCUGUCAACGAGUACUUGGACAAAAUCAAGGGUAUAAAGGAGUCGAUCAAGUACGAGGAUGGUAUGCCAGGAUCAUUGAAGGAGAUGUACAGUGAGGCUAUAUCGCUACUGUCCUCGCUGCCUCGAGAAAUGGAAGAGCGCGGAAACUACUUGGAAAGUAAUCUGCAGAUGAGAAUCGAUUAUGCCGCGCUAACUGAAAAACUACACGACUGGGUUCGUGAGGCUGAAAUCCGGUUGGAAAGUGACAAAGACGGUCUUGACUUUGAAAACAUACUCAGUGACUUGGAAGAGCACAAGAUUUACUUCAGCAGCGAGGCAACGAUACGGGAGCUCGUUUCCCAGCAAAUACAGCAGGCGGCCGAUAAAAUCUGGCCGUCUCUGAGCGCCCCCGAGCAGGAGGAGCUGAGCGCCGAACAGCAACAGCACACGCAACUGCUCAAAAACACGCUCAACACCGCUAAAUCGCAGCGCGCGCGUCUCGAGCAGGGAGCCGACACUUGGAGGGACUACGCUCAGACGCUCGAACGCGUCAAAGCUGUCAUCGCGAGGUCCAGGUUUACGGAUGAGCCGGUCACCACAUUGGCUGGCCUCCAGUUCAACGUACAAAAGAUCACCCACGCCCUCAAUGAUACUCAGAACCAGCAAUUCGAGCUAGAUCUUCUGACCGAGCGGGGCAAGGAGGUCCUCCGGCAAGCCGACGCGGCGAACAAGAGCCGAAUCGAGGUGCAGCUGAGCGAGACCAGCACCGAAUGGCAGGCCCUCAUAUCUGGUCUUGAAGAUCGUCGCUCGGCUCUCGAGUCUUUGUCGAAGCACUGGGAGGAUUUGGAGUCCAAGUGGUCGGGGGCCGAGGGAAAACUGAACGCAAUCGAGGAGCGCAGCAAACUCGUCGACACGGUCGUGCGCUCGAAGCAACACCUGCUCGACACCAUCAAGUCGCUCGAGGAACUGACCUCCGAAGCUGAAAGCGUGAAAUCAGAUGUGGAUAGAAUCAGAGAUUUGGCUGGUCCUGUUCUCCUGUACUUGCGGGCUUUCUCCGAGCCGUCGGCCAUUGCUCUCGAAGAGCGCAUCGACAAAUUCAACGCAGCCGUGUACGAACUCGUCGACUCGCUCGCCGGCAAGACCGAAAAGUCGAGGGAGGACCUCGAGAGCCUGAGCCGCGUCGAAGAGGAGGCCGAGCGCCACCGACAGCGUCUCCUCGAGCUCACCCAACGCAUCGGCGAGUUCCACGUGUUCGGAGCCAACCAGGAGACGGUCGAACGAGAGCUCGGUGAGCUGGGGUUGGAGCUCGACUCGGAGCUCGAGGCCGUGCGCGAGUUCUCGGCGGAAACCGGGGCGCGGUACCAGCAGAGCCAAGUACCGGCGGACGCGGCGCAGCGGCUGGCCGAGCUCGAGCUGAGGGCCGAGGACGCGAGCCAGGCCAUGGAGGGGAAGCAACGCGAGCAGAAGCGCGCAAGGACCGUGCGUAGCGAGUACCUCGCCGAUCUGGAGGAGCUGCAGAGUUGGGUGAGGGAGGCCGAGCUCAAGGUCAGGGACAAGUCGUGCGUGCCGGGGAAAAUGAUGGAGGGGCUGAGGCAGAUACAGGCAGAGCUCGGCCCGAUGGGGGACAGGCUCGAGAGGCUGGCGAAGAACGGGAAGGUCAUUGGUGACAGCACGAGGGACGACGAGGAGAGGAAGACGGUGGAUGGAACGGUCUGUGGGCUCACGGAGCAGUUGGCGCAGGUCAAAACUUGGUUGGACGAGAGGAAGCAGGAGGUCGGGGAUGCCCUGGACGCGUGGCAAAGGUUCCUUGCGUUGCUCGAGGCUGUGGAAGCGUGGACGGUGGAGAAGAAAAAGUUCCUCGAGGAGCCACUAAAAUUGGGCAGUCUCAAUCAGGCGCGACAGAGGCUGCACGAUUACUCGACGGCGGUGAAGAGCUGCAAGCAGGUGAACAAAAACCUAAGCGACAUGGGCCGCGAGCUCGAGAGCAUUAGCCAGGUGACGAGCGUCGGGGACUUGCCGCAGAGACUCAACGAGGCCGAAGAAGCCAAGGUCGAGGUCGAGGGUCGACUCUUGGAACGGAACGCCCUGCUGCAAGAAACGAGCGAGGAAUGGGAACAGUGCGAGCGCAAGCUCAAAGACGCAAGAACUUGGCUGGAAAAGGCCCGGCAAAGUCUCGACUCGCCGCAAAACAAGAAAAAGCCCCUGCGCGACCAGCACGCCAUUCGCGAGAAGAUGCUCAGCGACGUGGCCAUACAGAGAACCAAGAUCGAGAUGAGCGUUGAGAAGCUACAGGUUCACUUCCGCUCGGGAAUCGGUGGUGACAGCCGCGUCGUCGAGAUCGCGGACGGGCUCGUCGCCGAGCUCGGUGGCCUUCACGAGAUCGUGCGAGAGCAAGUUGGCUCGCUCGAGGCUACGCUCGCUCAGCUUGAUCGGUAUCAGCAGGAAAUUCAACAACUACGUCAACAAAUCGUACAGGUUGAACAACAACUGAGGACAGUACUCAGUCCGACGUAUCUGCCUAACGAUCGAGAAAAGGCAUCACAAGAACAGCAGGCUUUGCAGACAAAGCUGGAGGAAUGGCAACAGCACGUACGGACACUGACCGAUCAAAUUCACACCACCGAUCCGAAUUAUGUGCCUCCGAGUGACGAUGCUGGCAACAAGCAGAUCAACGUUACUUCGUACGCUGCUGUAACAGCCGGACGAUCGAGAUCGAGCUCUCGUCACGCAAGCCCUCAUAAAACAUCUAGAGAGGAGGUCCCGCUACAAGCUCAAAUCCUUCAUCAAACGAAUCUUGAAUCUACUUCUCCAUUAUUGCUACCCUCGACGCCGACGAACGAUGAUAAAGACGAAUUUCAAGCGCAGAAAACGAAAAUUCAAAACGAAACUACUAAACAAAAGAAUACACGUUCUCAAAAGAAAAGCGAGCAACGAAACCUUAGAGGAAAUGAUCAAGGAGAUAAGCAAAAAAUAAUCGAAAAAUCCGAAGUUGUUUCCCGACGUGGAAGAUCUCCCACGAAGAAAGUUUCAUCGAAGCAGUUGCCUAAGACGUCCGAAAAAUCAGAAAUUCCUAGCGUACGCAUUGAAGAAGCUGAAAUAGUUAAAACAAUGAGCUUGCCGACCAAUAAAGAGAAUUACAUAGAACACAGAGAAGACACGCCUCAGAGAGGUUUAGUGAGCGAAGAAAGACGCGUACGAUCUCCGAGUCCAAUGUGGUUUCCAGGAUCAACCACCUAUGCCGAUAUCUUAAGGGGACGUUCGUCUAGAGCACCGUCUGUUGAACAAGAUGAAAAAGUUGAUGAAAUGACCCACUUGAAAAUCAAAGAGUCACGUUUAUUGCCAAGAGAGGUUUUACCGAUGAAAGUUCAAGAAUCGCAAGAUUUGGAUGUAGACAAAGGUUCAAAAACUGAAUUGGACAUAACAGAAAAUAAAAUAUCUGAAAAUACUAUCGCAGGUAGUAAUGAAACAGCGCCUUUAAACCAAUCAAUUUUAAGUUCAGAAACGAUAGUAACCAGCUGGGCAGACCAGCCUUCAGAAGAUUACAAUCCCGAGGUCGAAAAAAUUAUUCCUUUGCAACAACAUGACGUCUACAACUACAUGCAUCCCAUGCCAGAAUUGGUAGGGUACAGUUACACCCAAUUAAAUCCGUAUUCAGUUGAUUCUUUUGUUUAUCAUCAGGCACAUCAACAACAAAUGGCACAAAUCAAUUACGAUACUGACGUUCAUUAUGCAGGUGAGCAAUUAAUGGCACAACCGAGUUACUUGCCACAGAAUGUAUACCAAAACCCGACAAGUUUACAUCAACCUAUUGAUAAAAUCACUUAUCCAACCGAUGAUAAAGUUGUACAUGCACAAAAUGUAUCUAAUGUUCUGACAAACCUUUCAAAGAAUGAAAGUUUUUCCGCAGAAAUAGUGUCGUCUGAAGUUUCUGUUUCGUCAGAAAUGAUGGUAGACUCAACAAUACCUAUGGGUGGUCCUCAGACUCGUGACCAAGACACCGUAAAUGAUGAUAAUUUACAAUUGAAAACAUUCGAUAAAGAUCAGACAAUUACCGUUGAUCAAGUAGAAUUACAAGAGCCAUCUUUCUCAUACGCUCAAAUAUUAUCACAAGGUUUGCCAUCUCGUGAAAUGUCACCUGUUACGUUAAUACCAGUAUCAAGUAAAAUGAAAGAAAGAUCUGAAUCACCAAGCAUUUUCAAAUCUUCUUCAAGCCAAACCAGAUCAGAAAAAUCAAGUCCUGAUGGCUUGUGCGACCAAAAUAUCAUGGCAGACAAACAACAAAGUUGGGAUACCAUAAAAAAAAAAGAUUCCAAACGAAAACAAUCAGCUUUUGAUCAGCAACCUCAGAAAAAAGAAGCUGUUAAAAAAAUCAAGAAAAAUGUAGUUAAACGGGAAGAUGAAACAGUCGAAACCGACAAAAUAAUAUCAAAAAAACAAGGUAAACAAAAGUUUUCACACCAGGAACCUACUCUCAAACUUCAAAAACCCUUACAAAAUGAAAAAUCAAGCCCACAGGAUGAAAAAGUGGAGAAAAAAGAAGCAAGUGAACAAAUUAAUUCUGACAGCUUACCCCAAACUGUAUCUGACAAGAAAAAAAAACAAAAAAAGAAAAAAACUGAAUCUGAAGAUGAAAUUGAUAAAGCUUUAAAAGAAAUUGAAAGUAUGGAUAAAAGUAAAUCCAAAACCUCUAAAGACAAACUCAAUAAAGAAUCUACCAAGUCUAAUGACAAGCACGAACAUGCGGAAGCAGUACAAAAAUUUAAACCCUCUGUAAAACAAGAAGAAUCAAAUAAGAAUGUUGAACGAAAACCGAUUCAAAAUUUGGAUGCGAAUCAAAAAAAAGAAUUAGAUAAAACAAAUAAAACUGUAAGAAUUGAUAAAUCAGAAAAUGAAACUAUUUAUAAAGACGUUGCAGAAGUAUCUCAAAUGAACGCUGGAAAAUAUGGUAAAAAGAAAAACAAGUCGACCAUUAUGUCUGAUAAAGUUACUGAGUCGGAAAUCGUUGUAUCUAAGAAAGAAAAGAAAAAAAAAGAUGUAGUAAUUCCAUUGAAUAAAGAUUCCACAAGUGAAAAAAUUGCAAAAGCUAAGAAGUCCGAAGAAAACAAAAAUCAGUUUGACAAAUUAGAUCAAACGUUAUCUAAAGACAACAAAAUUAAAAAUAUCGAUGAAAGUCAUAAAGCGGAAUUCAAAGAUGAACCAAAAACAAUUAAGGAGAAGAAAAUAAAUAAAUAUGAUGAUCUCAUUCAGUCUAAUUCAGAGGAAGCAGUAAAUGCUUCUAUACGAGAUUCUAAUGAACAUAUCAAAGCAAAUGUCGAAUUAUUUAGCGAUGCGAAUAACACAAAAUCAAAUCAAAUACAUAAAUCAAACAAAAAGGGGGAAAGCAAGUCUAAAAAAUCUGUAAGCUUACAGAAAUGCCAAGCUCCUCAAUGUUUAGAUGAACCAAGAGAUGAAUUGAAACAAUUAGGAAAUGUAAAAUCGCAAACCAAAAAUGACGACUUACAGCAAAAUAUAUCAUGUAAAUUAUCUUGUGGUAGUAUUGAUACAGAAAUUGAUAUCGCAUGCCAGUUUCAAUCAGAGAAAGAAACAUCGAAUAUAAAAUCUGUAAAACAUACUAAAGAAUUCACUGAAGCAGAAAAAUUAGCAGACCGAGAGCAAUGUGCAAAAGGCAAUAAAAAUAAAAAGAGUAAAAAAGAACAGACUGUAAAGUUAAAAACAGAAACUGAUAUGAUGAUUUCUGAAGAAUUAGUCGACAAAGAAGAAAUAAGGAGCAAGAAAGAAAACAAGACAUCCCUUACUGAUAAUGUAUCAGAAAAAAAAGCUGUAGCGAAAAAAAGUAAAGUAAAUUUACAAUUAAAUCCUAAUAAGUCUGUGUUAUCAAUGCCCGAUAAAAUAAAAAUUUUACAUGAACCUGAAAAUGAAACACUUUUGCCAGUGGAAGAUAAUUUGCUUACAAAUAAAACAGAAUCCAAACUAUCAGCUGAAAUGGUUUCGAGUAGUUCAACGCUUGACGAUAUUUUAAAAACCAACGAAAAACCAUUAUUUAGUAAUGUUCAAGAUCUUAAAGAGAAACAAUCACUUGACGAUGUAAGAACAGUUAUCGAUUCCAAAAAAGAAGAAAUUAAUAGUAUGGCACAAGUAAAAACAGAAAUUGAAGAGUUAAGUAAAAGAGAAGUAAUGGCAACUGAAGAAAUAGAAAAAUCAGAGAGUAAGGAAGAAUCGAAGAAACCUCAUAAAUACGAAAUGUUACGAGCCUAUCAAAUGGACUAUCAUGCCCAUGCACAAGCUGAAUGUGAUCUACACUGCUUUUAUAAAAUUGAAAAAGUAAUACAAGAAUCAAAACAACCUCAGAUUCAAUCAGGAAGUGAUCAGCUUGUAAAUAUAGAAAAAGUUGUUCAACAGUCUAAAAUGAAAAUUUCGAAAAGCAACGAUACUAAUGUGGAAUUUGAUGAUUCAACUGUCGAAUCUAUCAAAAAAAAAGAAUCAAUUACAUCUGAAGGUUCUUUGAUAAAAGAAUCACCAAAGAAGUCAACCAUCCAUUUAAAAUCAGAUGAUUCAUGGAUGAAUCUCUUGGAUGAGCCAAUAAUUAUUGAUGAUGAUUUCGAUGAAGAUGAUGUAAAAAAAAAAGAUACUCUUGAAAAAAUUUUGACAGAACAGGAGUCAAAAAAAUCACCUUCGAUUUCCGUUCAUAAUGACAUUAAAAAGAUAUCACUCGAUAAAAACUCUGAAAAUUUGGAACAAAUAAACGCGAAAAAAAUGGAAAAAGUAAGUGAAAAAGAUUCAGAUGAAAACUCUCAAAUUCAUGAAUCUGCCAUUACAAAGUCAACUCAAGUACAGUCUGAUGAGUUAGAGACUGACAACAUAAACAAGUCAAAAAAAAUCAAAGAUGUGACCGAUACAUUUCCGGUAGUUAACACUAAUAAAUCUAAGGAUGAUGCUCCACAAGUAGUGCACGUUGAAAAUGUAAGUAGUUCUCAAUCUGCGAAACAGAAAAAUAAGAAAAAAAAACAUAUGACUGAAAAAACAGUAGAAUUUGUAAAAACUGGCCAAAUAAACACUACAACAAGAAGUGAUGACACAGACAAAAGUAAAACCAAAAAUCGUACAGAAGAACUUCCACCUCCUACUUACCCAACGAUAUCCGAUAAAGAUUCAGUGACCGAUGAAAAAUCUACUCAAUUGAUGGACGAAUCAGUCAAAAAGCAAAUUAUGCAAGAAAUACAUGAAAAUGUAAAGAACGAUUCAAUUGAAGAAAUUCAAAAAAAGGAUUGCGAAAAAAUGGAGUCGUGUACUUCCAGCUUAAAAGAAACUUUGUCAGACUCACCAAGUAAUGAUGCAGAUGAAAUAAGAAAGAAGGAAGACGAAAUUAUUAACGCAUUUACUGAAAAAUUAAAAGCAGGUUUUAAUGUUCCAGUAGAUAAAUUAAAUGAAUCUUUGGCAGAAGAAGCUGGGCCUUCCAAAGAUUUUAAGCCUCUUGAUUUGUACGAAAAUAAAUAUUUACAGCCACUAAAGAUCCCUGGAGAUGAAAAAGUAAACUAUCUCAAAGGUGAAGAAAGAUUGACUGCAGAUUUCAUCAGAAAUUUCGUUGAAAAUCAUCCCUGGAAUGUCGAUCUUACCCCAGAAGAAGAAGAAGAACUCGACUAUGUACUAACGACUAAGAGUCUUAACUUGAAUAUACCUCGUUUCCAAAACAGACAAUGGCUUAAAGACGCGAGAGAAAGAGCAGAAGCUCGAAAAAGGGAGCAAUACAAAGAUUUCUUAAAAGAUGUAGAUCUAGAUACAAAACGAGACAAAAUUGAGCACCCAGAAUUUAUGAAACAAUUACUAGAACUAAAGGAGAAUUUAAAGGAUGACAAAGCUUUUUGGGGAAGUAUUCAGGAAGCUACAGAAGAACUAGAAAAAAAGGGGGAUAUGUCUGGCAAUUCGAAAUCCAUCUUUCAAAAUAAAGAAACGAAACAAGAAACCAAGAGUGACAAAAAAGUGCCAGUUGAAGAAAAAAUGACAAAAGAUAGUGUAGUAAUAAAGAAAAGUGGAGUUGAUGUUGUAGAGAAACAUCAUAAUGUCAAAGAAAAAACAUCCAUUUCAAGUGAUGAAAAAGAAAAAGACAAAAUUGUCUUACCACUUUCCCAAAAAGGAAAAACGAAAGAGCCUUUAUUAGAAGAGUCUGACUCAACUAAGAAAAAAUCUAGCAAUGAAUAUGAAAAACAAAUAAAAAAACAAUCUGACACGACUUUAAAAAGCGAAGAAAAAAUUGACUCAAAUUCAAGUAAAGGGAAGCCUAACAAAGAAGAAACAGUAAAACAUGAUACCCAGGAUGGGUCGUCAGAAAGUAGGUCUUCCGAUAUUAAUCAAUCAAAGCAAUCGCAGAUUAGAGAAUCAAGUCCCUCUUCAAAAACUGUAAAAGAAGAAUUCAAAGUAGAAUCAGAUAAUAAGAGUUCCGGUAAAAAAAAACUGUCAAAGGGCAAAAAAAUUAAAAGUCAGCUGCAACAAACGUUCCAAACCCCAACCAUUGAAUGUGAUAUAAAAGAAAGUACCAAGAAUACUUGUGUUAGCAAAGAUGCAUUGGAUAAAGAUGAAAAUAAUAUACCAAAACAAGAAAAUAUUAGUAUUAAAAAAUAUGACGAGCAAACUGUUAUUUCUACCAUACAUGAAAAAAAAGACUUACCAAUGUCCAACGUAGCAAAGAAUCAAAAUGUAGUAUUAGAACAUAAAACUCUAGCUCUUCCUGUAAUACAUGAUGAAAUAGAAGUUAAUCAGACUGAUUCCCAUCAACCAACUUCGGUCGUUAAAAAAACUUCUGAAAAAGCUCCUAAGAAAAGAAAAAAUAAUGCAACAGCAUCUACUUUUAUUAAACAGUCCAGCACAAUACCACCUGAUGGACAGCCAACAAUUCCACUAACUAAUGUUUUACUUGAAGGAAAAGAGGAGUCUAUUGAUAGUGUUAUUCCCAUUGAUAAUCAGAGUUUGGAAGGAUCAGUUAAUAAAACAGAAAUAUGUUUAAACCUUCCUGAAUCUGAAAGCCCUGGACAGAAAGAAAAUCAAAAAAUUAUUCCAACUGAAACAAAAACUUUUGUUGGGAAACAAAUCGAGGAACAGGAAAAAGCUGAAAAAAAAGUAAUUGAAACAUCUGAAAAAUUAAGUGAUACGUGCUCAACAAAUAAAGAUAUAGAAACGCACGCGAAUAAAAAUAUAACUGAUACAAAAACAAAUCAGCCACUAAAUAUAUCAGAUACUCUUAAAGGUUCAAAAAAUAAAAAAAAAUCAAAGAAUAAACAAAACAAAAUAUCUUCAGUAGAUCAUACCAAAAUAGAAACAAUAAACGCAACCAAAAAAAAUGUUGAAGAGGCAACAAACAUUUCAGAAGACUCUAAAAUAAAAAAUGAUUCUGAAGAGUCUUCAACUUCGCAGUUGACGAAAAAAGAUAAAAUUCAUGAUAACAAAAAUGACGAUAAAUCAAAAACUCAUAUCCCCCAAGAAAAUGUUGUAGAGCAACUUGCGGAGACCCAAAAAUCGAUUCCCGUAAAAGAUACGUCAAAGCAAAAAAGUAAAUCUAAAAAGAACACUCAAAAGCAAAACACAAUUUCUAAAAACUCUAAAAAUGAAGAGAAAAACAAAGCUUCUGAUAUUAGAGAAAAUACAGAUUCGAAAAUUAACAUAGAAUUUGAAAAGAGUAAAGAUCAGAAAGAUGCUCAAGAUUCUGUGGUUACGCAAGGAAUCAAUACGAAUAAAGAAGUAAGUUUACAAGUUACAAUUAAAGAGGAAAAAAAUAAAGAAAAGUUACUGGUUGACAGUACCCAGUACAAAGAAGAAUUCAAAAUUGAUUUAACAAGACAGCCAUUUUUGACGCAAGAUACUAGUAAAUUUAAUUUUGAAAAAUCCAAACAAAAAAAUAAACAAGAAAUUCAGAAGAGUAAGAAAUCAAAAUACGAUAAAAAUUCUACUCCAAAAACCAAUAAAAAUGAAGAUAAUGCUCCUAUAAUCAAAACUAAUAUACCUUAUAAAGAUAUCAUCGAAGACAUUCAAGAAAAACCUACUUCUGAUGAAGAUAAAAAUGAUUCGAAAACAUCUACAGAUAUUCUCGAGAGCAAAUUAACAGAUCACAAGGAUAAACAUGUCCAAAUCAAAAAGAAACCAUUAGAUGAUACCAAGAAAGAAGUGUUAAAAUGUAUUUCAGUAGAAAAAUCAGAAGAAGCUGUGCUUGAACAAGAAUUAGUCGACGUAUCAAAGAUUAUUCAAGACGUUACUAAUGCUGAUCCAACAGAAUUUAGUGAUCACAAGUGUCAAAUCAUUGAAUCGACAAGUUCUGACAUUCUUUGCAAAAAAGAUAAAAACAAGAAUAGCGAUCAAAAAGGGUCAUUAAAAAUUCUAACUCAUAAAGAUGUACAAGAAAGUAAAAUAAAUGAAUCUUUGAUGAAUGUUGAGUCAUAUCCAAAGCAAUCUAGUACUGAAUCAAAAAUUGAUCCAGAGUCAGUAUCAAAAGAAAACACAAAAUCUCCAGUAUCAGAAAAAGGUUCCACAAGCAUUACAAAUUCUAAAAAACAAUCCAAGAAAAACAAAAAAAAUAAAGGACAAAGAAGUCAAGCAGAUCAAGUUGAAAUCGAAGAAAAAACAGAAGAUAAACAUUUGAAAGUUGAAGUUGAAUCGCUAAAAGAAGAAAACGGAAACAUUUCCAUGUCCUGUGGCACAGACAACGUAGAAAAACUUAAAAUAGAUGAUAAUAAAGAAAUGGCAAGUAUCAAGUCGAAGUCUUGUUCAAAUAUUUCCGACAUUUCAACUCCGCAAAGUGCACUUACACUUUCAGAAAUAUUAAUAAUAAAUGAAAGUAUCAAUAGUGCAAAUCAGUUGACUCAAACAAUAGAUACUAUGGAUUGUAAAAACGCACAACUUGACAAUGUAAUAUCACAUGAUAACUUAAAAACAACAGGAGUUACUUUAGAAAGUAAUGUAGAAAAAGCCUCUAGGCCAAAGGUCACUUUUUACAUUGACGGUGAAAUAGUGACUGUAUCCCAUCACAAACCUAAUACAAAUAUUUUAGAAAUUGAGGCAAAAUUAAUCUCUCAGCAGCAGAAACUUGACCCUCCUCAUAAUUGGAUUUCAUUUUUGUCUGAAGAUGCUGGUUUUUGGUCGGAUAAACAUGCAUAUCAAGAUGCGGAAUGUCGAUUUUAUGAAAACCUUGCUUCGAAUCUUAAAAAAAAAUCUCAUGACACUAUUUCUGAAUCUUCUAACAAAGAUCCGAAGGAUGACCCCGAUAAUAAUGGUAGUUCAGGAAAGGGUGGAAAACCAAACAACUCUUCAUAUUCCUCGAAUUCAAAUAACGGUAGUCCCCAAACUGAACGUUUAGUCGCAGAUUUACCUGGGGGGAUUGGUAGCUGGAGCGAUGAUAGCACGUAUCUAUCUAUUGAAAAAAUCGUAGACAGUGAUGACGAACAGGAAGUACCUUUGGAUUGUAUUAACGUACCAAAGGCUUCCAGUCCUGAUCCUAAUUCUUAUUCACGUCAGCCACAAUCCCAUUCCGUUCCUGACAUUUAUUUAGGUAUAGAGUCGAGCAGUCCCGUUGAGAUGCCGAAUAUCAUAGAGGAAACGAAGAUUCAUAACCUGGCUCAGAAGAACCAAGAAAAUAACAUUUUAACAGCUCAGGAAAAAAUGAAACACAGCAUCGAUGAUCUUCAAGUAGCGCUUGCCCAACUUGAAGGAGCUCUCAAAACUGUGCCACGCGAUAGUUUGCAGUCUAUGAUUAGCUCUCUUUCGACCAUAUUAGCAGAUCUACGAUACUACAAUCAAGAAGCCAACAGAAUCAGUACCGAAAUUGCGCGAUCGCCCCAAGAUCACGAAACUAAACAACUUCAAGUAUCUAUAACUGAGAUUCGACGACGUCUUGCUAAAUUACUGUCUCAAGCAGAACAGAGUCAGACUACCCUCGAAGAGGCUCGUGAAGCUCAAGAAAACAGGAAAAAGGAGAUCCAAGCUUACAAACAAUGCCUUGAAGAAACCGAAGCCUGGAUCAGACAUGUCACUUUAACGAUUAAUGACCAAAAAACUGUUCUUAACUAUCAGGUUUUGUUGGAUGAAAUACAGUUCCGAGUGCAACGGCUGACUGAAUUAGAAUCCAUGUCCGAAGUCAAUGAACUAGCUAAAAUUUUGAAAGGUUCCCUGCAAGAAAUUGAAGAUCUUCUAAAACAAAAGCAACAGCAGGUGAUCGAGGAAAAUAAGGCAUCGGCUUGGACCGAAAUGCAACGCAGUGCCGACGGCACGGCAGAUCAAGCAUCAUCGAUCCAUUCGUCUCUUGAGGGCUCCUCCCCAUCAUUGGCCGACGUUUCUUUGCAAACUGGUCAUAGUUUAAUUCAGGAUACGAAAGACGAGUCAAAGCUAGAACCAUAUACUGCCCCUGUCAUUGCUUCAGCGGCUUGUCAAACUUCUGAAACUGAAAUUACUCCUGUUAAUGCUGGAUCGUCAGAAACUGUUCAAGUACAAGAAUCCAUAAGAGUUGUCAAAAGCACUGACGGUAAGCACGACGUUAUUGAGAUUGCGACUAAAAAUAUUUUGCCUCAAGCCAAUCAGGAGCUCGCUCUCGGCGAACACGCUUUCAAUCCAGAGAACAUAGUAGUCGACAUGAAAUACCAAGACGCACAAAAACAAGAAAACAUAACUUCGGAACUAAAUAUACAACAUGCCGCGCCCCAGUCGUUUGAAACGGUUUUCGUCGAGCCUGACGACGUUACAACAGAAGUUGUCGUUGAUAGUGAUGGGACCAAGAAAAUUAUUGUCCGCAGAUUACGUAGAACGUUAAUGACUAGUAGACAGACAACACAACAGCAUGUUUCGCAAUUGUCAACUGCAGUUGGUGAUGGACCACCGGUGAUUCAAGCAUUCUCCGAAGCUACGAUGAGAGGCCAGCAAGUGACGGUAACAAGAGCAAAGUCCGAUGGCACGGUGGAGAUGUCUACUAAACAAUCUUAUGGCGGUAAAGUCGUAACUGGAACUCCAGGUGAUGAAUUAAAUGUUCAAGAAUACGAAAGUACUCCGCAAUUUUCUCAAAGAAUAAUUCAAGGUGAUUUAGCAGAAUUAAGUCCGAAACCAGUGAAUGUUGAUGAUGCUUUAGUUGAAGGUACUGAGUAUCAUACGAAAUCCUCUACUGUCCAUGCAGUGGUACAGCAAGUGACUAGAAAAGUUAUAAGGAAAACCCGACGUAUCAUUAGAAAGGUCACUAUUAUUGAUGGUAAAGAAGUUACUAGUGAAGAAGUCGUUGAAGAACCCGAAGAGGUUGAAAUAGAUGAGCAAAAUAUACCACACAUAAGCAUUAAUGUUAUUAAGGGUGAACAUAAAGAAAUAUUCAAAAAAGCUACUACAGUCCCUGAAGAUGAAACAGAAACAUUGACUACCAAAAUGGAAGAUGUCGGAGAAGUUCCUGCAGCCGAAUCAGUUCAAGAGGCAUUAGUAGAAGCUAAGACUGAAGAAAUAACAGAAAAGCCGGACAAAAAGAAGUCAAAGAAGGACAGAAAAAAGAAAUCAAAGAAAAGUCCUACAUCCCCACAAGAUUCACUUGAUUCUGAUAAAACAUAUACGAUUGAAGAAACUUACAUACCAAUUCAAAAAGAGUCUGAAAUAGAAGCACCUGCCGCAAAUUUUUCAACUGCAAUAAUUGAUGAUGUAAAAAUUGCAACAGAAAAAAUUCAACCAAUUGUUAAAGAAAAACAUGAGCUUGAGUAUGCUUUAAUUGAGACACCUAUUGAAGAAUCUCUAGAAUCAACAACAAAGGACGUAUCUUCUUUGGAGUCAACUACUGUUGAGGAUGUACCAACGGUUUCAAAAGCCACUAGUAAGUUUGAAGAUACAGUAGUAGGAACAUCUUUUGAAACUCAUGAUAUUAAACUAGAACCUGGCACAGUAGAUGUAGAAAAGCACACUGACAUUGAUAGACGCACAGUAGACAUUGAAAAACACUUUCAAUCAGAUGCCGCUGAUAUUCCACAGAAAAAGAAAGAGAUCAAUGUAGAAGAAGUUAAAGAGAGUCUGAUUCAUGCGAAUAUUAAAUCGGAAACAGAUAAAAUGUUAGAGAAAGAAAGGGAACAAUUUGAAGAUAAGAAAUCAGAUCUUCCACAAACUGAACGUGAACAAAUACAAACAAGUGAAGUAGUUAAGCCAGUUUCAACUGAUUCUCAAGUAGGAUUACCAACUGAAUCAAAUAAUGUACAGAAGAUUGAUAUUCUUUUAUCAAUACAACAACAAGAUAAAUCAGAUAAGGGUCCAUCAGUUUUUGUAGAGUCUCAUAUAAAAGAAUCUGAGGUCGGCUUAUCCAGAGUAUCAGAAGACAAAGUUAAUAUAACAUUACCUGCAGAUACAGAAACCAUCGAAGUUAUAAAAGACAACAAACAAUCUAUAGAAACUUCAGAUAAGAAAUCUAAAGUUUCACCUACUCCAAAAGUCGUUGAGAAAAUUGAGAAAAUUCAAAAGUCUUCUGACAUAAGCGAUGCAGAAAGUCUUACGGGUAGAAAAAGUAAAAGAAAGAAAAAAGACAAAGAGAAAAAAACACAAGAAGCAACUGAUGAAGACUCUAGUAUCUCUGCUGUAACAACUACUAUAGAUAAAUCCAUGGAAAUUGAAAUAACACAAUCAGAAUCAUCAAAGCGUGUUACAGAACAACCCGAGCCUGAUAUUUAUGAAAUUGCCGAUUUGUCAGACGUAGUUUCAAGUCAAAAAGACGAAAUAUAUGAAGGUAAUGGUUAUGAAGCUGAUAAUAAAAUGACUGUCGAAGAAAUUCCACGAGAUGUUGAAAGUGAUGCCAGCAAAAAGAAAAAGAAGAAAAAGAAAAAACAAAAGGCUGAAAUUUCCAAAGAUGACGAUGAUAGGCCUGAAGAAAUCGAGUUUACGGAUGAAAUGCAGAGCUUCGAAGGUGAAAAAGUCAAAGAAUCGAAAAAACCUUCAAAAAAACUUAAACGUAAAAAGGGAGACAUUGCUAAGGCUGAUAGUGAUGAUGCUCUAGAAGAAUCAAGUGAUGUUGAAAUGCAUGAAAUAGACACCCAAACUUCAAUUGCUACUCAUGAUGUUUCUGUAGGCAAAGCAUCGCCAGAUGAUCUUAAAAGCGUCGCCCCAACUUCUUCAGAAGCGGAAAAAAUUGGUAUACUUCAAAAAGAAGCACAUGACAUAAAGGAAGACGAAAAACAUACUAAAACUCAAACUUCUCCACAACCUUGUACCGAUACUGCUUUACAAACUGAUAUAGAAUUAAAGCCAGAUGUAAAGGACGUUGCAGUAGAAAUUAAAACUCCUGAUUACACCUCAACAGAAGAUAUCGGUCAACAAACUACUCCUCGAGAGGAAGAAAUAUUCAGUCCAGUUCAUAUUCCUUCUGUUUUCAUACAAGAAGCAGAUACUCAAACAAUCACUACUCAGGUUGAAAACCUGGAAACACAAACAUCACCAGCUGAAUCAGAAAUAUUAAGAGAAGAAACUGAAGUUCAAACCACUACAGAAUUCCUAACAAAUGUUGGACAACAAACCACUCCUCCACCUGCUUAUGCUAAAGUAUUAGAAGAAAUAGCGAAACAAACACAGACAUCUGAAGCACUUCAUGAAAAUAUUACACUUGUUAGUACAUCAACAUCGCCAGAUAUUAUUGAACAUAAAAAUGCCAGCGUACAAAAAAAUCUUGACCAAAAUUUAUCAUUGUGCACUACUGAAACGCAAACCAUGGUAGAAACACGGCCUUCAACUUUGGAAACUCAAGAAAUUGAAAUGCAAACAACCCGUGAAGAACAAGUGGAUAUUCCUACUCAAACAAGUCAUACUGAAAGUCCAGAAUUAGAUCAAAACAAACCAUUAAGUGUCGAAGAAGCACAAGUUAUUCGUGAAGAAGGAACACAAACUAGUACACCUGAAUUUAUAAGCACUUCAGAGUUGUCCGUUCAAACAAAACCAAGUGAAAUAGUUCCAACUAUUGAAGAAAGUAUACAAUCUGUUCCAGUUACAUCCGACAUUAGUUCCCAAACAACGGUAUACACUUUAGAAAAAGAGCCAAACAUUGAAGAAUUCAUAAAAAAUGAAUCACAAGUUUCAUCAGGUGAUUUACCAUUGAUUGGAGGAAAACCAGUAAUCACUAAAAAAGAAGAAACUUCUUUAGAACUUCCAGCUCCAGAACAAUCUGAACAGCAAGAAACGUUGAAUGAAACCAUCAGACCAGUUCAAGAACUACAACCAGUCACAGAAAGUCCUACAACCGAGGAAAUACAUGCUAAUAAUGAAACUUCUACGAUAGAAAUUGAAUGUAAUAUCUCAGAAUCAGUUGAAUCACAAGAAAAUUCAAAUAUUUUAUGCACUAUAAGUAAAGACGAUGUUGAUAAAUUUGAUAAACAUACGGAAGCUGCUAAAGAACUUGAAAAUUCUAGUCAGGCCAAACAAAUUGAAAUGUUUUUACAUCCAGAAAGACAACCUAAACCGAAAGAUGUACCUUAUACUUCAGCUACGACAACCAAGCAACCAGAAAUUACAAUAUCUUCACCUGAGGUAACAUCUACAUCUGAACCAUCAUUCGAAAUCGAAAUUCAAGCUACAGUUGAAGUAUGUGGUAGCUCUACACCAGACUCAACAAGUCAAGAUGUAACAAUAACUGAAGAACUAAGUGAAGAAGAGGCCACAAAAGUUAAACACCAAAAUAAAAAAAGGGAAAGAAAUAAAACUGUUGAAAUCCGUGAUCCCAGUUACACUGAACAUAAGUCUGAAUUAGAUUCGACAUUUGAACAAUCCCCCAUAACCAUAGAUGAUGAUUCACUAUCUGGAUCCUCUAAUUUAGAUGAUGAAAAAAAGAUUGUAACUGAAGUAACGCCUAUAGAAUCAGAACAAGGUACUCAACUUGUUAUUGAUACACAAAUAAAGCCUGUAGAAAUUGACAAAAAAUCUCUACCUAACGUUUUUGAAAUAAUAGAUAAACAAAUAUUACCGGAAGAACUUGAUGGAAAAACCGCUGUUACAAUGACACCCCAAUAUGAAGAACUAGACACAUCAAAACAUCAGCUUACGAUGGAUUUCUUAACUGCAGAAGCUCAAAGUUCCGAAGGUGCACAAAGUAAUGGUAUCCAAAAAAUGCCACAAAUCAAUAUUCUUAAGAGAACUGAAUCCACAAAAUCAAAACUAGAAAAAAUAAAAAAUUUACGCGAGUCCAAACAACCUUCUCAUCUGUUAAAUAUUCUACCAACCCUAACAUUAGAUGAUUCAGAAAUAUCUGAAAAAUCUUUUGAAGAUAAGGUAUCUGAAAUUCAUAAGGAUUUUGUUACAUUAAAAAGAGCCAUAGAGCAACAAAACAUCGUUGUCGUUGAAGAAACUGUUAUUACUGUGGUAGAAAUUUUAUCAAGUUGGCUAGAAAAAAUUGAAUUGAGAAUAUAUUUGCAAAAAGAAUAUCUAAAUGGACCCUCUCAAGAUGACAAGCAAAAUUUGAAGGUACUUAAAGAAGAAAUGAGCUAUGUUGAAGAAAAGAUUAAAGAACUCGAAGACAUCUGGGGUGACGUAGAAAAUGACUGUUCUCAAGACGAACGCGAAAAAAUUAGACAAUGUGUUGAUGCAUUGGGAAGUCAAGUCAAGUCAAUCGAAGCUGUAGCCAAUGAUGAAGAAAUUCAUUUAACUUCAGAAAUAGAGAAAUGGAAUGAUUUCGUGAAUGCAAUCCAUGAGUUAGAAAAGAAUAUUGAAGAGCAAAAGAAUGAGUUGGAUUCCUUGAUAAAAAAUGACGAUUCCAUCGCAUCGAAAUUAGAUCAUUUAGAUACAAUAGAAAACACGAAUUCUGAUAACAUUAAGAAAAUUUAUGAAUUAACUGAUAAAGCUCAAGGACUGUUACGAGAUUAUCCUGGCAAGAAACUUCCCCAAGGAUUGAAAGCAGUUCAAGAAUCAGUCUAUUACAUCGAGCAUACAGUAGGCAUUCAGAGAGAAAAACUCUUAGAAUUUUUAGAACUUUCGGAUGAAUAUCAACAAACUCUAAACGAGUUUUCUGAAAUUACAAGAGUUGCCCAGAAUUUGUUGGACAGUCCCAUUUCCGUGACGAGUUUAAAUCACCUGCAGGAAGAAAUGCAAAGACACAGGAAAUUUUUCGUCAACUUGAACCAUUGCAGAGCUAUUCUUGAGUCCCUGGAAGACAAUUUGGAUCCUGAAUCGAAAGCUAAGUACUCGGUUCUUCACAAAGAGUUACACGGAAAAGCUGUUUGUCUGCUGGACGAAGCAGCCACAAAAGCGCAAGAGAUGUCUCUUGCUGCUUCAAGGUGGGUCGUCUUGGAGCAAGGAAUCAAGGACGAAGCGAGAUGGCUUCAAGUCGCUCAACAACGUAUACCUGACUUGCAAAACGUGACCUCGAGCGAGUACGACCAGUACAUCUUACUCUAUCAGAACCUAUCAUUGGACUUGGCUAACCAUCGUGGCCGACUUUUACAACUGCUGGAAUCAGCUCGCAACCUUCAAGAGUUAAUAAAUAUCGAGGAUCCAGACGAUCGUUACGGAGAGGCGUUUGACGUCGUUCUCAAACUCCAGGAGAACGUUGAUCACUCGCUGAAACGUUUACUGGCUUUCCGCGAGAACUGGAGUAAUCAAGAGAUACUCGUCAAUAGACUAGAAAACUGGAUGUCAAGAGCAGAACGAGAACUCGCCACGAUCGACGAUCCUGCCGGUGGACACAUGAGACAAUUUUGGGAACUGAGAGCCCAGUAUGAAGUGCACAACAACAUCCGGAACGAAGCGACCUCCUGUUUCGAGCAAGCCCUUCUCAACGUGCCGCUGUCGGAUGAGAUGCUCCAACGCCAAUACCUCGGUGAAAUGCAAAGCCGCUGGAACAACGUGUCCGACAAGAUCAAGGUGAUCCAGGACGUCCUGCGAAGCAGCAUGUCCUCGGAGGACGUGCCGGUUAACGAGAAGUUGGUCAUGCUCGAGAGAGAACUGAGCGAGCUCCGAAUAACGAUAGACGGGUUCCACGGUGUGAUCAAGACGUCGGAGGAGCUCGAGCUCUACAUCGAGAGACUCUCGGUGCUAUUCGAACGCGUCUGCGUGAUACAGGACCAGCUGGGAAGACUGGGACUGCUCCCGGCAGCCGAGAGCGAGCGCGUUGGCGUACUGCUCUCGGUCGCCCGACACCUCGAGGGCCUUUUGAGCGAGGAGCUCGACGCAGCCCAGCUCCUGCGCGACCGACUGCACGAUCUCAAACGGGGCAUCCAGCGCAUCCGUAAGGCUCACCAGCGCCAGGCCCUCGUGCUGGACCAGUGCGAGAACAGCGAGCGCCAGAGCAGCGACGUCGUUGCCACGGCAGUCGAGCGCUGCCAGGCGACCAGCGAAGAGCUGGGCCAGAUCUGGCAGGAGAUCAUGAGCCUGAGGCAGAUGCUACACAGGCUGCCGACCAGCAUGAGGAUAUCCGUGUCACCCGUGGGCGUCGAGAGGGACAUAUCAGAUCUGCAGGACAAGCACGAACAGCUGGAGGCCAGGUGCGCCAAGCUGAUGGCUUUGCUCAGGGGUAGACUGGCGCUUUGGCGCAGGUUCGAGAGGCAGGUCGAGGUGGUGCAACAGUCCGUCCAAGAGGCCGAUUACAUGAUGGAGCUGCUCAGCGUGCAGGGCAACGUUGACUACGAGAGGCUGCUCAAGGCUACCGAGAGGCUCGAGGGUCUGAACGGCGACUUUGUGAGCCGUGAGGUGCUGAUAAGCGAGCUGAAGGCUGUGGCCGAGCCGCUACGUUCGAGCUGCACCGCCGAGGUGAGCGAACGCGUCAACGCCGUGGUCAACGAGGCCGUGCACGCCUGGGACGAAACAAAGGCCGAGCUCGAUGCCCUGUGCACCAAGUACCAGCACGCGGUUCAGCUUUGGCAGGAGUACUGCGACUCGAGCGCAGUGGUGAAGGCUUAUGUUGAGGAACAGAUGGGCAGCAUCGCUAAUCUGCCGCCCGAGGAGGCAAGAGAGAGAGUCAAGGCCUGCAACGAGACGCUGGCCCAGCACAAGGAGCGACUGACCGUACUACAGAAACUGGUCUCGGAAAUCGCGUCGGAUGUCGGCCUCGACGCCAGUGCGCCCCUUCAAACGGAGGUGCAGACGCUCAACCGCAAGCUCGAGAAUAUUUGCGACAGCAUAUGCACAUUGGCCAACAGCGCUGACGCACGUGCCAUCAACCAGGAUCUUGCGAGGAACGAUCUCUGCCAGGCUAAGAACUUUAUCGAUUCGGUGCAGCAGAGCGUCAAAACAGUGGUCCAGGGCGACUCCGAGGAGGACCUGAUCAAACUGCGCAAUCACCUGUUCGACCUGACGCGCGCCGACACCCGGCUCAAAUCGAUCAAGGACCGUCCCCUGGACGUCAUCCCCGAGAACGACGACGGCAACGAGCUCUCGAUCGUCGAGGUCCUCCAGCUCUGGCAGCGCGCCUUCCGCGAGACCUUCCACCAAUACCAGCGCCUCUCGGCCCGGCUGAUCCACUCGCAGGACGUCACCGCUGCCCUCCGGCUCUGGCGCGAGUACCUCGAACACGUCCGCGAGUACCUGUCGUCCGCACCGCCAAACGACUACAACGGCCUCGCCGAGGACCGCGGCAUCUGCGAGGUCCACGAGAACCUCCUCACCGAGCAACAGAACCUCGUGAAGCUCGUCCGAGCCUUGGACAGCGAGGGCAGCACCUUGCAGCAGCAAUUCGACGCCCUGAGGGAGCUGCACCAGCUCAGCCUCGACCGCAUCCUCGCGCGGCACUCGGCAGUCGGCCGGAGGAUGGCCGACUGGGAGCGCUACCGGGCCGGGCACUCCGAGCUCCUCGGCUGGAUGAAGGAGCUGGACCGCGAGCGCGGCAAGCUCCAACUGCGCUUCAUGAGCGCCCGCCGGCUGGCCAAGAUCCUCGCCGACAUCGACAACCUGCUCCACGCCGAGGACAAGCUACCGGCCGGGGAGGCCAAGGCGGAGGAGCUCCAGCGCCAGCAGGGCCUAUUGCUCGCGGGUUGCGCCGACGAGGCCCUGGCGGCUUCGGUGAGGAUGGAGCACGCGGCCAGCGUGCAGCGGCUGAGCAACGCCAGGGCGAGCCUCAAGACGUGGCGGGACUUUGUCGCUAAGGUCAAUGGCCUGAACGAGCAGUACGGGGCCCAAGUGGGCAGGAUCAGCAGCUUCCUCCAGGAGGUCGGUAAGGUGGUCGAUGAGGCAGAAGAGGCGGGGCUGGCGGGUGGUAUCAAGGAGUGCCGCGCCCGGCUCCAGGAGCUCCAGCGGCACAGGGCCAGGUUGGUGGGCUGCGUUCCAGAACUCGAGAGCCUAGGGGUGCUGGUGGAGCAGCUCAGCGAGUGCCUCAGCCCCGCGGACAUGAAGGCCCUCAGCCAGCAGGGCUUCCUCCUUUGGCAGCAACAUGGCAGCCUCGAGCACAAGUUGUCCCUGCUGGCCCACAGGCUGGGCGAGCGGUGCGCCCUCUACUCGAGGUGGGAGAGCCGCUCGGGACGGCUGCUCACGUGGAUCGAGGACGCGGAAGGGCGGUUGCGGGGCACGGAGAUGACGGGCGCAAGCGUGGACGAGCCCGAGGAGGAGCUGAGACGACUGGAGGCCGAGAUCCAGGCGGAGAUGGCGCUCAAGCAGCGGGAGGUGGAGUGGUUGCGGGACAGCGGUAAAGAGCUGGUCGGGAUGGCCGAGCCAGGGGUCGAGCGGGAGCGAGUGGAGCGGCGCCUGGAGGAGAUCAACGAGCGUUGGGACAGCCUCCUGGUGGUGGGUAGGACGAGGGCCAACAAGAUCGUCGAGCUCGUGCAGACGACGGCGUUACUGCAGAAGAGACUGGCGCAGCUGAGGGUGUGGCUGGGUGGGAUCGAGGCCCAGCUGGCCGAGCCGUGUACCAUGGAGACGGCUGAGCCAGGCACCCUCGAGCGCAAGCUCAAGGAUCACGAGCAGCUGCAGAAGAGCAUCGAAGCCGAGAGCGCCAACGUCGGCGAGGUGCUCAACUUGUGCGAGAUGUUGCUCAGCGACUGCAAUAUCUGGAAACAGGCCAGCAGUGGUUUCGACACGGACGCGAUCAAGACCAACAUGGAGGCGCUCGAGCGCAGGUGGAAGUUGACCUGCGUCAAGUCGGCUGAGCGCAAGCGCGGCAUCAAGAUGACCGGGAAGCUACUGCAGGAACUUAGUGGUCUGUCGACCGAGUUCACCGAGUGGGUGGAUGGGGUCGAAAAGGAGCUUGGGGAACUGGAGGAGGGUCUGCAUGAUCUGUCGCGCGACAACAGCGAGGCGACGAUGACGAGGGUUAACAAGAUUCUGGAGGACAUUGGGGCCCAUCAACCGGCUCUGCAGAUCAUCGAGAUGAACUACAGCCGUUUGGCUAAAGGGGGCCUCGAACCCGAGAACCUGAGAUUCCUCACUGCCGACGCCCGCCAGCUGAUGGACAGAUGGCACCGUCUGACACCAAAGGCCAAGACUAUCCUAGCUGCCCUGGAACGGGACGAAAAGACCUACCGCGAGUUUAUCUCGGCUCACGGAGCCGCGUUGCUCGGUUUGACCCAGGUGGACGUGCUACUGACCCAACUCCAACACUUGGCGACCCCUUCGGAGCGAGCCUCGCCCCGCCGCCGACUCCAACAGCUCUGGGACGCCGAAUCCAAGCUUGAAAAGCAAAACCAGACCCUCAAACGGGCGGACGAACUCGCGCUCGAGGUGAUGCGCGACAGUCCGGAGGAGGACAUCCGGAGGAUACAGCAGCUCGUCGACGAGUACCAGAAACUCUGGGCCGACAUCAAACGCGGUCUAGGACGGUUGCGCGCUGAGAUCGAGGCAGCCCAGGAGCAGAAAGAGGUCGACGAGGCUGUCCAGGUCGAGACGCUCAGGUUCGAGCGUGACAGCGCUGUCCAGGUCGACACUCUACCCAGGAUAACGCGCAUGACAUCGUACGACGCCUACCUGAUUGAGCUCGAAUCGGCCAUAACCGAGUGCCAGGUGGCGCUCCACGAGCUCGACCGGGCAGUCACGCCAGAACCCACACCAGGGGUCGGGUUAUCCACUGCCGCGAGGGACAUCGCGAAAAAAAUUGGAAGCUGCCAGUCGACCAUCGAACUCGUCAAACAUUUACACGGUCUGUUGUCCGAGGAGGAGAAGGUUGCCAAGGCCGACGAGGUCACGCAGCUCGUCAAUCGCUUCGAUCAAGUCUUGGCCAGGGCUAGGUCGAGAGAACAACAGAUUCGCGAGCUUAAGUCUCCUUUGGUUGGCUCCUACCUCUUCCCUUGCGAACACGAUGGCGGCCGACUGACCUGCCCUCUGUGCUCCCACCGCAAUUGGGCCCAGCUGGACAACGACCUCUGGCGACUGGAAAAAUGGCUCGAGUUCGCCGAGGGCACCCAGAGCCAACAGCAACAGCCACCGCCCGCGAAGAUCGAGGAGCUCGAGGACGUGAUCCAAGACCACCACGAGUUCUUGCUCGACCUCGACAGCCACAAGAGCAUCAUCGUCAGCCUGAACAUCGUGGGCGUCCACUUGGCCGAGCACACCGAGGACACGGACCGGGCGAACGAGCUUCGGGACCGACUCGAGUGCGCCAACGAGCGCUGGGAGAAGAUCUGCCGGGCGGCGUCGAAAUGGCAAGACCGGCUCCAGUCCGCCCUCAUGGGCAACCAGCAGUUCCAUCGAAUCGUCGAGGAAUUGCUCGCGUGGCUCGGCGCGACGGAAGAGAGCAUCCGGGCCAGCGAGCCGAUCGAUCUCACCGAGGGUUACGACAUACUUCAGUCCAAAUACGACAAGUUUAAAGAACUCCAGGGCAACCUUGAGCGUUGCGAGCCGCGCAUCUUGUCCUUGCAAGAGGCAGCGAACCACCUGCUGCAGGAGCACGACGAGACGCGCGGUCGGCUUCAGGAGCUUCGUUUGCGCCUCCAGUCCCUACGAAGGCUCACCAGCAUGUACGUCCUCAAACUUGGCUCUGCACUCGGGCUCGAUCCUCGCGACGUUGGACUCGCCACCACCACGACUUCCUUGGACAUACUCUCGAAAAAUCUACUCAACGAAGCCGCUUCCGGAGUCUCGGCCAACGGCACUAGAACCACCAAUGCUGACGGCAGUCCCAAUCAAACGGUCCUCGCACGUGGCUACCACUUCAUCGGGCGGGUGUUGAGAGCCUCCCUGCCCAUCCAGGCGCUGAUGCUGCUGCUACUAGGAGCCGCGUCCUUGGUACCGUCGGCCGAGGAAGACUACAGCUGCAUGCUCUCUAACAACCUGGCGAGGAGCUUCACGCCCCUCGUCCAGUACCCCAACGGGCCUCCACCCCUUUAG